AUGGAGUUAGCACGCUCAACUAACCCAGUGGUUCUUAAACUUGUAUGUCAGGUAGUAAGACCACGUGCCGAUUUUUCCUAUUUUUUGUAGACUCCUAAUGUUGAAUUUUUAAAAAUUCAUCAAAUUCAAAUUUUUUUUGCUAAUUUUACAAGCUGAGAAACUGAGAAAAUUGGCGCUAUCAAAUAUAUUGCUUAGGUAGGUUAAUUUUGAAAAGAAAAGCUGACUUUGUUUUUAUUAAAGUUAAAUUUUCAUUUUGUAACUGCAAGUUAACCUCAUUAAAUUUAGCAAACGAAUUGAUCAAUUAAAAUUGAUGUUUAAUGUUAAUUUUCUUAAUUUGGAUAAAAUGCUUCAAAUUGUCUUUUAAAAUAGGAUCUUGAGCAUCUAAAAACUUAAAAUGAUUACUGACGUAGUUUAUACGAUAUAUUUACAUAUAGUUUAUUUAUUAAGCUCCCCUAUGUCACAGUUUUUAUUUUAUUAUUUAGUAAUUUGGUUGACGUGGUCUCGGGCAAUAUCCUGUCUGUGCAAAUUUCAACCAAACUACUGCGUGGGUAUGAUACACUGUUAUAUUUUUGUCGAGGUUUGAAAAAACGGAAUUUUUCUUAAAAUCGAUUUAUGUUUCAUUUUUUUUCAUUUAUAACCUAACAUAAUCCGCAGUAAAAAGCCACGAACCUCAUUGAACGAUAAUUAUUUAACUGUGCUAAACUGUAGAACAUAACGAAUGAGGUUAGGUCGGGUUAGGUUGGUUGCGGAAUCCACCAUAAUAAUAGUUUCAAAAGUUAUCUGUUCCGCUACAACGGUCGCUGCACAAUACGAAACAAUAGUUAUGCAUUUCUGUUGAGAGAAUUUUCACGUUGUCCCGGGUCAGAGGAAUUAUUUUCCAGACAGCGUGUACGCAACGUUGUAAUAUGUUUUAUCGGAAAUAGCCCGAACGUUGUUGUUUUAUAACGUAAAAUAAUAUCCGCGGGCGACUUGUCUAAACUAUUACUGUGCAAUAAAUCGUGUCAUUCAUUCUCGGUUGGCGCAUGGUCAGAUUUUUUACAUAUACGUAAAUAACAAAAUUAAUUAAGUCGUUGUUAUAACAUUCGAAUCGCGCACAUCGCGUGUAGAUACCUAUGUACAAUAGUAUUGUAAAUCUUCGGUUUUUUCCCCCGCGACCGCGGUGAACUUUGGCUGUUCUUGCAGUAUAUGCACCAGGCGCUUUAUAGUGUAACGCUCUAUAAAAUAUUAUAGAAAUCUGUUGGUCCACAUUAUCGUAAUAUUUAUGGUAAUACAAGCCGAUCCGUCGGUUUUAUUCCGAUUUCGUUUCCGGUGUACGUAAACUUUUUCGCAGAGAAUCACCGUCCGCCUAUAUUAGUACGAAUGUUAGCAUAAUAUGCGUGCGCCCGAUCGGGUUUUCCGUAACGUCGUCGUGACGGACGGCGUAUGUCUAUAAAUCGAAAACAAAAACAAAUACGUACGAUGCAAAAUUGUGUACGUUUUCAGAUUCUGAGCUGCUUUUUAUUUCUAUUUUUUUCCCCCGUCUCUUAGGGAAUAUUCGACCGUACAACUCGUUCGGACCGUCAACAUCGGCGGUGGUUUCCGAUGGCAAAUGUUAGAUUUACAGUCGGUAUACUUUAACUACUAAGUCAUUUUUCGAAAUCCUUCGCGCUUUGAGGAGUUUAUAAAUAAACGUCGGAAAAACGAGAAUAUAACGUAACGCCGCGCCGCUCGUUUUUAUCAAUGCAUAUAGAUUUUGAUUUUUGAUAUUUUUUUUUAUACUUUGGUAAAAAAAUAAUAAUCGCAGAUACCUGAAAUUAUCGAAUAGUUGUAUUCGAAAUUCAAGGUAAUAUCGUUUACAUAGUUUAGAAACAGUAAUAGAUUUUUGUCGUAUUAUUUAGACGAAUUUUCCAAACAGUAUUGAGAUUUAUCAAGAUGAAUUUAUUUAGAUCCUCUUCCUAGACAACAUUUAAUUUAUCUUUUACCUUAUCCAAAUGAAAAUUUCGAUAUUCAUAGAUGAAAAAUAUUUAAUGUUUAGUAAUUUCCUAAAUAAACUGAAAAAAAAAAAUGUUUUAUCCAGUGUUGAAAGUAUUUAAUAAUUGCAAAAGUUAUUAUCUAUAGCUGAAUUACUACAGUGAAUCACACUCUUUGCAUUUACAGAAUAACUUUUACCAUUUAAAUGUUUACGUAUCCAUUUCAAUGUUAUCACUUAUCAACAUUAGACAGUUAAAGAAAAACAUAUUUGUUUAUCUAUUACGAUUAUAUUAACUAUAGUAUAGUAUACUAUACGCGAACUAUCUGUGCACAUGAUUUUGGAGCAAUUAUUUCUCAAAAUUAUCAGUUAUAGAUCGAUUUUACUUUUCCAAAUGUUAUUCACAAUAACUAUAGGUAUAGAAUUAUUGUUACAGUACCCGAGAUCUGUGCGUGAUCGGUUCGUUUUUUCGAGGCUAAGUGUAGCAAUGUAAAACCGAAAUUACGAAACACAUCUUGGGACAAUAGCGUUUUGUCGGACUGUAUAUAUUAUAUUAUAAUAAUUGUAUUUCGUUGUAUUGUACGACGUAUGGAAAAAGUAAUUAUUUCAAUUCAAAGGCACAGUAAAAUAUGUGUCGUUUAAAUUAUACACCUACAUAAAAAGCUAUUGUAUCGCCGUCUAUUAUUGUGUAGAAAACAAUUAUUUUUAAAUAAUUACACGAUAUUAUUUGUCUAAUUUUGGCGUUUUUUUCCCUUUUGGCGGAGGGAAAUGAAAUUUGAUCGCAUUGUUUUAUAGAGCUAGCAGCGAAUGUUGGCACUCGGAUGGUUGUUUCGAAGAAAUAAUUGGUAAAAAAAAAAAAAAAAAAAAAAAACAAACAACGGCUAUUACAAUUUAAAAUUUACACUGUGGUAUAAAUUCGAAGCGGCGUUUUCCGUUCAAGCAAACGUACGUAUUAUUUUGCGCGCGAGCGCCGCAGGAGUUAGAGUUUCGCGCUCGAAAAGCACAUUUAUCGAUAUCGCUGAUCUCCCUAAAAAUAAUCCUAUUUCAAAAAAUGCCGACCCGGCAGAAAAAUAAUAUUUCCGGUCACCGUUUAAGGGAAACGCAUCACUGCAGUCAUUUUUAUAUUGUGCGGCACGCUCAAUUCACAUAAUAAUAAGAUAAUACGUAUAAGAUUAGUAUAUGCAUAAAUACCGUAAUAAUAUUAUUGGGGUUGAUUUACUGAGACGAAUGGUAUCGAAUAAUUAUAAGGUUUAUUUUUGUUUUUACUUUUUACGAUAUAAAUAGUAAAGCCGAACAUUUUGUAAACACAUUUAGGAACGGCGGAAUCGAAUAUUGAAACAAUAUUAUGUAGAUAUUGAGAAAAAACCAUAGAGAACAAGAGGUGGACAAAAAAUACGCGUAAUACAUAAUGCAAUAGCACUUACACGUUAGUUUUAAGUGCAAUAAUAUUAAGAUAUUUUUACUGUUAUAAGCUUGUAUUAUAUACGUAGGCACUACGAGUUUUCAAUUACGAAAAAACUGGUUCCGACUAACUAUUGCGGCUGUAAUUUAGACUCAUAUUUCAAUAUUUCGGAACCAGUUUGAAAUUAUUAUUUUAAAUUGUUGAUUAUUCAAUUAGCAUAUUAUUCAAACUCCAUACAAUAUUAUGUUUCUGUAAAGUGAACUUAUACAAAAUAUAGUAUUAAAAACUAUGACAUUUGUGGUUUAUUACGAAACACCUACAUUGACUACCACGCUAGUUUCAGAACAGUUAAAAAAAAAAAUGUGAUUUCUAAUUGUGAGAAAAUAAUAUUCCGUUAUCUCUUAUACGAUCAAUGUCCGAACGAUGUAAUCAUGAGAUCGAUGUAGUUUAUAUAUAUAUACUGUGAAAAUAUUAUUGGUUAAAUUAACAUCUUUUCUCAUCGUUUAUUACUUAUUGUCACGAUUUUGGAAAAAAAAUAAAAAAUAUUAUUUCCAGGUAUCCCUCAGAUUGGUUCCAAAUAAUAACAAAAAAAUUGUUUUCAUUUUUUCCUUUCCCUUUUCGUCUCUCUAUUUUGCAAAAACUAUUAUCAUACGAGUAUUGGAAUGGAAUACUCGAUAUAACAGUGACCAGCUACAAUCGAAAUUAUUAUUUUAGACUUUAUAGUGAAUGAAGUUUUUGUAUGCGAUUUUGCAAAAUAAAGAGGAUGAAGGGAGAAAGAAAAAUUCUGAACAAUUUAACAAUUUUCUUUUCAUUAUUUAAAACUGCUCCUGAAUGGGUACCUGAAUUUAUUUCCUAAAAGCAAGAUAAUGAUCAUUCUAAUGUAUACUGGGUGUUCUAGAAACAAAUGGCCAACUAUACAGGGUGGGACGUACUCUAUCAUAUCUGGUUUUCGAAAUUGAUUUUAUAGAAUUUGUUGGGUUUAUCGGAUUUUAUUUAUACAAUAUCCAUACUAAAUGAACACGGACCGUACCAGAGAAUUUCUUGAGAAAUUCUUUUAUAAAUACAGGGAUCGCUUGAUUUUUUUUUCCAAAAAUGAUCUUUAUCCCCGGUAUUUUAGACAUAUCCGAUGUAAUUAUAUUAUUUUCGAGAGAAGGGACAAAACGUUUGAUAUGUUUUUUCUAGGAUUUGCGUUCGACUAUUACUUAAUUAAAAAAAUAACAAUUUUAUUCAUUUAUCGUAUACAGGUGACGUUUUUUUACUCAAACGCGGACGACACUCAUUUCGGUAAAAUCGCGGCUACCAUUACCGAAGUGUUUGCCAAAUCGGGUAUAGAAAUCACCGCGAAAAGAACGUGGGAUAUUCAUUAUUUGCACGGCUAUACGGACAAUCCUUUCGUUAAACUCGUCGCCGACACUUAUCAAGACACGAGAAGUAAGUUUUAAUUUUAAUUUUUUUUUCCAAUUUGCUGUAUGAGAACAGGUCGUUUUAAUUAACGUGUGCGAGUUUAACUACAUUGGCCGAAUACGAUUACAUCACGAAGACUUAAUUAAUGUAUAUUUUCUGCCAUUACAAUUUCUCAUGUCAAUGUUGAUAUAAACCAAGUCGUCAAUUUCAAAUUUAUUUUUUUAUAUUUUUUAGAUCAGUGUAAUUAUCAUCUUUUAUUUGUAAUGUAAUAUAUUAUAAUGCAACAGAAUAGGUAUAUAAUGUUUUCUGUUUAACAUUAAGACUUUAUAAAAGAAUGCUAAGAAAAAAAAUAAUUUAACUAAGUGGAAUUUUAAAAAAUUCAUUGUUACAUAGUAUUCGAAGUUUGCUCUGAGAAAACUAUAACGUCUUAUUAUGACCUAAGAAAAAAAAAUAAUAUGAACAAAAUUCGCAACAAAUUCACAGCUCAAAUAUAUUAUUGUUAUUAUACUUAUUUACAUUCGACCGUCUUUGUAUGUCGCGACUUUGACAAAAAUUGACUUUUAAGUCAUUCGAUUAAAACGGCCUCUUUAGUGCAUUAAGAAAGUUUACAAAUAACGUAACGUAAUCGGGUAUACGGCGAGUAAUUAUUAACAUUCUAUACAAGUUUUAUUAGGCGGGGGUUGUAUUUUGUCGUAACGCAGUGAACGGAACCAAAAAAAAAAAAGAAAAAAGAAACCAUUUCUAUAGUUUUCUUUCAGACAGUAUUGUUCAAUCGUUUAUAAUAUAAAAAUCUAACACCGCGAAACGCGUAUCUAUUAGAACUUAUGGUUUUGAAAAAUGUUUUUUAAUGAUUGAAAAAGUUUUUUUACGCGGGCUAUUUUUUUAUCCGAGGUAAUUUAAACUUUUAAAUAGUUUUAUUUGUAAUGGCCAUUGUGUAACUCGGGAACACCAGAUAGGUACGCGUGCCCUUAAAUGACACGAGUACAAUAAUACAUCUCGAUGGAGAUUACACGAUGACGGUAUGGGCUAUUCCUAAACUCGCGCUCAGUUGGAUUCGUACAAUUUACUUGUAGAUACUGCUUUUAUGCACUUACAAACAAGGAUGUAGGUGUAUAACUUCUAUAAUAAAUUAUCAUUGGUAUCGUACUUUUAGUGCAACGAAGGAUUUAUUUAUAGGUUUACUAAGAUGUGUUUUUUAAUUGGAAAACAUUAUUUUGGUCAGUGAAAAUGCUUUUUUUGACGCAUGUGUUAUCUCCGUUUUACUGCCGUCGCAAGACAUAGCAAAUGCUCGUUCAGCAGGAACAAUUCAAUGUGAAUUAAGUGAUUAUUAAACCUAUAGAUAAGAAUGUUAGCUUUGCAACGCUUUUAAAGAACGAUACAAAUAUGUGAAAUACUACUAUUUAAAAAUUAUUAUAAUGUUUUUCAAAAAUUAAAAUAUUGAAAAAAAUGUCAACAUUUACUGAUAUUGUACUUAUAUUUAAGUUUGAAAGUAGAUAUAUUCACACUAACCGCAUAAAGUUGUCCCUGCUGAACAAAAAUUUGCUACUUCGUCUUAUCGGCACAUUUAAAUAAAUUUAAAAAAAAAAUUGAUGAAAAAUUACUAUACGUAGGCACUUGAGUUUUUUGUCUGGUCUAUCUUGUUCAACCAGCUAACUGGUACAGAACCGAUUUUUGAUUUACAAUGAUUUUUCGUUGCUUUACAAUACACAAUUUUAAUUUUACCUCAUGACCUCUAUACCUUCUAUAACUUUCCAAUUUCCCACCCACAACAGUGAUAUACCCAUGGUGCAAAAUGUUAUGGCAGUUUUUGUUUAUAUUAUGGAAUUAAAAAUAAAAUAAAACGGAACAUUCUAAGUUCUAUAUACACAACGUAGUUGAAUUAUAUUUUACUGAAGAUUAAACAUAUUUUUUGUAUUUAACAAACAUAAGAUAAUUUAUUGUAUUUUUUUUUUCUUUGGAUUUUCGUGAUUACGCGUAUAUACACCUAUACUUCAUUAAUGUAGCGGUUUUAUCAUUUAAUUAAAAGCUUUGCGUUUUGCGUCCUCCCAUCCCAAACUCGUAAUUCGCUAUUAUCAUUGUUCGAUCGUUUGAGUAUAUAAUUUAAUAUAACUUAAAACCUUUUAUUUGUUCCUUUUAAAAUAAAAUACUGUACUAUUACAAUAAAAUAUAAUUUUAAUUCUAUAAUCUCGAAUAUUAUUUUUGCAUUUAUUUUUAAUGAAUCACGAUUAUUUUUUAUUUUCUAAUAAUAUUAUUAUUUAUUUAUUUCCGAGGAAAAUGUUCGGGGAUGUAAAAGGUACUGAGACCAAUCGGUGGAGGAUAAGAAAUAAUGAGGAAAUAUAUAGAAUCAUUAUUGUAUCAGAAACCGGAUAUCGUAUAGAUGCCAUCAGAAGUAAGAAACUACAAUGUUAGGCAGGGCACGUCUUUAGAAGGAAAUACCCAUUACUGCAUACAAAGAAAGGAAUCCGACAGGGAAAAGACCCAUUGAGAGAUCGAUAACGAGGUGAGAAAAAAGAAAGUCAAGAAAGAUCCGAGAGAAUUAGAAUAAGUAUUUGGAAAUCGCGAGGAUGAGAUAAAGGUGUCUGCAAUGGUAAUUAUAAUAUUGAAGUUUGCAUUGGAGAAUCUCAUAAAACUUAAUAAAAAUAAUCAUACAAAGCUUGUAGUAAUUAAAAGUUGAAACAUUGAAUAUCAAUAUAAAUUUAAUGGUAAUGUUCAUUUUAUAAUCAUGCUUUUAUUAACGUAUUUACUUAUUUAACUUGGUUAUAAAUAAUUAAAUAUAAAAUUCUAAAAUACCACAGUUAAAGAGGGGGGAAAUUUACCUAUCGCCCUUUCCAUAAAUCCGUCACCGAGAGGCUGCACGUCUGGAUGAAUGUUGACGAGAUGACAAUGCUAGAGAUUUUUUUAUUGCUUACCAAAAAAGUAGAAUAAUAAUUAAAUAUUUGCACGUAAAAGGCACAAAAAUAACCACUCGUAUAAUGUAUGCAUCACAUAUUAUAUGGUGUUUAUAAUUUGAUUUUCGUUUUUGUUUUCUAAGAGACGAGGAGAUCCCAGCUGCUGGUUCACUUUUGUAAUAAUGCGUUUAUUUUUGUCUCGCAGUGACCUGCAUUUUAUUUUUUUUUUUUAGGCACAAUAAAAAUACUCUUAAAAGUUUCUUCCAGCAGUGACUUUAUAGAUAUGCCGAUAUAAAUGUAAAUAGAUGGCACAUUAAGGAGGCCGUUUUUAGAAUUUCUCUGUAGAGUCCAAUACUACUUAUCCGCAAAAAAAUCUGCAACGUGAGGAAAUAAUAACGAUAACGUCUUAGUUCUUAGAUCACGACUUUUUUUUUAACGCGACGAUUUAUAAAUUACUGUAUUAAAUGUUAAGAACAGAUAAUAAAUUACUGACUUAUUCCCUCGGUUAUCCAAAUCUGCAGUAGCCUGAAUAUACCUAAUAUAAAAAUAUACCUAAGUAUAAUGUAUCCUCCUUUUAGACUCUUAUAUAGUGCACAAAAUAUGUUUACCUAUUUAGUGAAAAGUUCACUUCGAACUUACCGAAAUCGAUUAAAAUAUUUAUGUAGGUAUUGCAUAAUAAUUGCACCGUUGAAUAGUAUACUUAUUGAUUCGUUGUUGAAAUUCAAUUAAACGUUUCUAACCAAAUUUAUUCGCUAUUAUCACACAAAAAGUGACCAAGUAUACAAAACACGUUUAAAUGCCGUAUACUUCAUCCCUGUAUAUGCACUUGGUUUUGCAUGACGGCGACCAUGUAACGAUAUGUUUUUUUUUAAAUUCAGAUUUUUAAUUUAGUUUUACUUAGAAAGUAUAUUAUGGUUUUCCUAUGGAAAUAAAUUGUUUGACACAAAUUCCUCGGCAACGUUGAAAACAAACAUCCAAUUUAAAUGACCUAAUAAUAAAAGAUCAUUUAUAUGUAUUAUUUACAUUAUUUACAUCGACAUGCCAAUUAUUAUGCGUGGGUUUUAUUUACUCCGUCGAAUUACAUUCUUAAUACAAUAGCUUACAGUUGCAUUAUAAUAUAUUAUGCUGCAGUAUAUUACUGCGUAGAAAGUAGAGUAUCGACAACCCUAAUCCUUAUUAUCAUAUUUAUUUCGAAACAUUCUUCAGUUAAGUAUGUAUUUAUUUUCUGUUUCGUUUCCGUGCCGAUUGUUGUGUCCGUUUUUAUUCGAUUUCUGCGAUUCGACAAUGCCGAUUUGUCCGACGCGAGUAUUUUUAAUUCAUAAUAAUGUUCACUCGUUCUGUAUGCUAGAUAUUCUAUACAUUUUUAUUAUUGUUUUUUUUUUUUUUUUGUAUAUUGCCCGUACCGAAUAAAAACCAAAUGUUUAAAGAUGUUUUUCCGCAAUGAGUACUCAUGUUUAUUGAUUAUACGUAUUUAAAAAUCAUAAAAAAUAUACAUCAUUUUCGAAGAUAUAAUACCGAUUUAUAUAAAGUUAAAACGGAGAUUUCCAAAAUGUAUCUAUAAACUUAUUGUUUAAGGCGCACGUGACAUUAGCAUAAUAGGCAUGUUUGUCACUGACGCAGAAAGGGUUAAAAAAAAAAAUAAAUAUUUUAUUAAACUAUAGUUUUAAUUUGAAAAGUUAACGGUUGUCACUUAUUAUACUUAUAGUUAGAUAAUGUUUUAACUGGAAUUCACCGUAGUAUAGCGGUAGUGAAAUACAAAAUAGUAUAAAAGCGCAUAAAUAUUCUCGAUCUGAAAACUGCUGUAUAAGUUAUAUUAUCGAACGUUUACAAAAUAUCCUGCGCAAAAUAACAAAAUUACGAUAAUCAUUUCCGUUCUCUGUUUAUAAAUUGCAAUUUUUUUAAUUUAAACUUUCUAUUACCAUCGUUACUUACACAUUUCCACAUUUUACGGAUUUAAUAAUUUUGAAAAGUCUCGAGUGUAUUACGCGUAUACAUUAAUAUGACUUGAUUUGCAUACAAGAUGGCGUUUAUAUAAUAUUGCUGCAUUGACACUAAACGAGUAAAAUACCUUUAUAGAAUAAUAUAAUGUUGUUCAAUUCGAAUAGCAAUACUCGAGCCAAUCAUUACGCGUCCAUAUUAAAAAAUAUCGAUCAAAUAUUAUUCAUUGGUACGUUAUAUACGUUCCAUUCAAACGAGAAAAAACUAUUAUUAUUGCGUAUUGGCCAAGAUAAAUUAAAAAUAUAAUACAUUUAGAUACGAAGUCUAGAUGUUUAAAAACAAUAAUAACAGAAUUUAUCGGUUACAUAAUAAUCAUAAAAAAAAUAAUGUUCUACCUACAUGUCACGUAGGUUCUUUUAUUAUGUUUUCUCGUCUAUAAAUAAGUUAAAACAAAACAAACACUAAAUUAUUUUUUGAAAGCUUAAUGAAUAAUAGUGCGUGAAAUUUUAUGUUGUGUGGAAAUUAAUAUUUUAUUUAAAUAGUUUAUUUAACUCGGUUUUUUUUUAAAGUAUCACACGAUAAUAAUUUUAAAUUAUAUUUGUUUUAUACUACCACGGUUAAUUCAUUAACUGUAUAUGCUGAAUUAAUUAUUGGUAAUUUUUAUUACAUUAUCAGUUGCAGAAACAAUUAUUGUAUUUUAUUAAUUAUAUUGAUAUUAGAUUAGAUUGUCGUAUACUAAUUAUUUUUACUAUUCGGAAAUAAUUUUUUUUUUUUUUUUAAAUUCUGUGUAAAACCUCUAAGUGUGGCAAAGAAACUAUUGUUGUUUUACUUUUACUUCGAUGUAUAUUUUCCUCUUGCCGGAAAAAAACUUUUUCGGUUAGUGAAUUAUUUCACUUAAUACCUUAAAAGGUGUGAAUAUUAUGGCUAACAGUACUUUAUUUAAUAAACAUUUUGAAAUUCCCAAUUUCUUUCAAUUUUUCUAAACAAUUGAACAACUAAAAUCAGAUGACGCUGGUUUUAGUUUUGUUAUAAAUAUCAUAAAUAAAUAAUAAAUAAAAAAAUAUCAUAAAUAUCAUUAUUGAAAAAAAAGUAAAGUCAAGUAAUACCGACUGCCGAUUUAAUCACUUUUCGGAUUAGUUUUUUCAGUUUAAUACUAUCUCGUCUAAAACUAAAAUGCUAUGUUUUAAUCGUCCGUAUAGUGUUGUGAUUUAUUCAUGUCAUAAUAAAUUCGCUUUUUUUUUUGUAAACAAAUAUCCGUAAUUGAAUUAAUUUUGUAGGCACAUAUUUUUAUUCAUAAAAAAAACCUGAUGAAUUAUGUUUAACUAUAUUUUUUUGUCGUAAAUUAAUGCCAUGUUAUUUUGGUCUUUCAUUUUUCAAAAAAAAUGUUCAAAUUGUUUGUGAUGACAUUACAUCGCUAUAUUAACCUAAAACAACGGUUAUAAAUAUGUAAUGUUAAAAUUAAUACGUGUUAAAUAUUUAAACAAAUGAAAAAAUAGUGAUAAAAAAUGUCUCAUUUAACUAACCAAAUUGUUCACGAAAUGAGUAAAAAUAAAUUUAAAAAAAAUAUAAAUUUCGAAAAUUGCAUGAUUAAUAAUAUUUAAUAUGAUAAAUUAUUUUACAAUCGAAACGUAUAGUUGAUUUAUGAUGGUUUAUAUUAUUUAUAUUAUUAAAACAUGAAUUAUGGACUCGACAACAAAGAAACUGUAGCGUAAAAACACUAUAUUGAUUAUUUAUAUUAAAUUAUAUAGGUACCAGUGGCGUAUUUACGGCGGCGUAGGCGUACCCCUAGAAUCUACUUGCGGAGCGAGAAAAAAAAAAAAAUUUAAAACCGGAUAAAUGUUUCUGCUACUUUGUUGAUGAGUUAGUUAUAAACUAACAAAUUAUACAAUGUAUUAUAAUCCUUGUGCUAUUAGGUUUCCAAGCUGCGGCUGAAUAUCAACCGCGAUAAAUGAUAGCUAUGAUGAACAAGAAUUAACUGCACAGAAAAACCGAUUUUUGACGGAUUACGGUUAGUUAUGGUUAGACGGUUGGAAAUUACAUACAUAUUUAAUAGCGAAUGCUCUCCGAAAAAUACCUUUAGAUAUGUGCUUAACGGUUGUAUAUCCUUCUUUCCCCGCCCGGAAGAAUUUGAAAAUACGCCAUUGAUAGGUACUAUCGUUAUUAUCCGCACUGGCUUACUGACUUAUAAUCUAAUAUUUUUUUCAUUUGUUCCGGUUCAAUAACACAAACGUUUUUACGAAAGAGGUCCGAUAAAUACAGAAAUCAUAUUAUUUUAAUGUUAUCUUUUGUUCUCACCCACGUGUGAACCGGUUUUCGUCAACAUUAGAGGUAGUUUUUGGUAGCGAAUUUUGUCUAGUUUGUGCAUUAGCGGUGAGGGGGUGAUCAUUUUUUGAUAUCCCUCGUAUUUGUCCUGUUAUAAUAACGAGGGGAAAAAACGAAAAUGUGAAUAGUUUACGUUUUUCAGGCUAAUCUACCGUCUGUAUGGGUUUGUAUUGAAAUUUGACCGCCGCGGUGGACGGUGCACCGUCCCGUUUUCCAAUCAAACUAAAUCGAUUUUAUUGUAAUCCGGUGAAACAUAAUCGUAGGUACCUGUAACUUUCAUCGAAUACUUAUGUUAGCACUUUACAGAUGUGGUAUCAUUUUUGAAACAUUUUGGACUUUUUUUGGAUUAUUCGUAUAGUAAUUUGACAUUUUUGAGCUAUUUUUUUUGGCUUCGUAUAAAUGUUUGAGAAUUUUUAUGUAAGGUCCGCGCUUAUAAAUUGUUCUUACUGAUUGCACAUUUGGUUUCACUUAUUAUAUUUUAUUAGCAAAAACGUAUAACGAUAUUAGUUUUAGCUAAAUUUAGUUUUGUAUACAUAUCGUUUUAUAUUAAUUUAUAACUCAUGAAAACCUGAACACGAUUAAUCAAAAAAAAAAAAAAAAAAUAUAUUAAUAUUAAACUGUCAAACAUUUCGAAAUCCUCGAGUAUUAAACAUAUUUUGAUUUAUUUGUAGUCCGCGUUGAAAAACUUUAUUUCCGUAUUGCAGUAGUAUAGACACAUACAUUUACAAAAAAUAUGAAUGUCAAUAUUAUAAUAUAUUUUAUUGUACAAUAUGUUCAACAUAUUUCUUGAAUAUUUGUCAGUAUCAAAGAUUUAUAGCUAUAAUUUUCAAAGGCGUUUGUCGUUUUUUGUCUUUGUCACGGGCAAUAUUUAAAAAAAAAUAACUGAUACUGGGAAUGGGAGCGGCCACUGUUGUAGGUGAGAAGUUGGGAAGCUAGGAUGCAUAAGGUUAUUUCAUUUAUAUCCCUAAGCAACGAUAAACCAUUGCUGACGAAAGCCGAUUCCGAGCGCAAUUUGAUAGUAUAUAAUUUGAAAUGUCGUAUUUUUUUUUUUUGCAAUUUUCGUUAAAAUUUGAUUUUAAAACGCUCAUAAAAAUAAAAAAAAAAUUCGUCUGAUGAUUUUUGGAAAUUUUACCACGUCUAGUUAAGUUCAAUAUAAGUAUUAUUACCAAGGUUUAAGUUUCUAAAAGGUAUCUUGUGAUUUUUCGAUUAAUUUUUAUAAAAUUAUGAAAUCGUAAAAUUGUACGUUUUUCUAUGUUUUUUCCUACUCGCGUGCUUUUAUUUCAAAAUCGGUGUCAAAAAUCAAAAAAAUGUCUCGUUUAAAGUACAAUCUAGACAACUUGAGCUUACAGAAAAAUCGCCGACCCCGUCGGCGUUACAAUUCCCUUAUCGGUGAACUACAGUAUGUAAGGUUCAAAAAAAUCGUAGUUUUAAUUUUAUGUUAAUAUUUCUAACGAAUCCGGAAAGACUUUGAAAUGUCGUCAACUACAAAUUACUCAAUUAUCAUAGGUGAUUUACAAUAUAAUAUCUUUAAAACCCAUUUCAAAGGCCCGUUUGGUUUGUUUUGCGUCAGCACAUUUUUCGGAUACAUUACCCGAUAUUUAUAUAAAAAGACCGAAGCGGCAUUUAACGCCAACGGCCGUUCUACAGUGUUCUAUAAAAAAUAUAAUGUUUUGCGUAACGCUACACCCGCGUCCAUUAUUGUGCAUUUCUGAGAUCUUAUAUACGGCGUUUGAACUAUAUGUUAUCGUGCGCUUGUUGUUCCACGUAGAACUUUUAUCUGCAACACGCUAAAACAUUAUCGUUUUUCGGGACACCGUUUUGUUUCGACGACGGUCGGUAAAAAUAUGUAUUGUCUUUAUCAUAUUAUUAUUAUCACAGUAUAUAUGUAUGCGUUUCAUAACAAUAAUGUAUUAUAGCGAGUGAACGCUGACAACCGCGUCCAUAGAUAUUAUUAUCGUUAUUAUUAUUCCGCAUUUUAUCAGUGGCCGUUCGCAGUCACUGCACACGCGUUUGUUAUCGGUGAAUUACCGUAUAAAUAUUCGGCGAAAUGUACGACGCUUUUUGAAAAAAAAAAAAAAAAACUACAAACACAAAUACGAAAAACCCCAGUUUUGUUUACAUUUUACCAAUAGACGUUGUUUUAUUUUAUUGUUUUUUAAUGCCGCGGUCAUUUCGACCCAUCGUAACCGCGGAAUGUUCGUAUUUUCAGCAUUAUCAGCUAACGACACACGCCGCACAAUAUAGUUAACCGUAUUGACAACAAUGAAAGUUCACUCGAGAGAUAUACGUACAGUCGACUCUCGAUAAUUCGAAGUUGGCGGAACUUAUGAAACAUUUCGAAUUACCGAGAGUUCGAAUUGCUGAGUGGUUCGAAAUUUCGAGAGGGCAAGAAAACAAUUUGAAUUACUGAGUUAUGAAAAAAAAAAUAAAACAAUUGCAUUGUUACUAAACUUUUCAUCGAAUUUGGCAGUAUAUUAUAAUUAUUUAUUGUUUUUUUUUUUUUUUUAAAUUUAUUAUGUAUAUUAAACGUAUCAAUAAUAAUAAUAAUUCGAAAGUUAUCCGAAAUGAUAACCUAAAUGUGUAUAUAAAUGGUAAAUUAUUAACGAUAAGAUAUCACGAGAAACACGUUUAGUGAAUAUACUUCGAACUGCCGAGCGUUAAACGGAUGCAACUUCUAUAAUAGUUGUCGCGUGUCGGCGGCUACUAUUCCCUACGAUUUUACUUACCAAAUGUUUCGAAUUACCGAGAGCCGUCCGUGUUAUACAAUUGUGAUUCGCAUUUAUUCGACACGAUUUUAACUCAACACUCUGACACAUUGUUAUAAUAGUUACGCGCAAUGUCGAAAACGCGAAUGUCACAAUGGCAUUGCGGCUCUCCGACAAAUACCGGCCCGCAAUGAUGACUGUUUAUUGUUUCUUCGUUUCGAAUCUGAUUAAAUUAACGUAACGCCGUCUGGUCGUGUGUGGUUUUCAAAACACGCCUAAAUUUGCAUAAUAAAUACAAACACCAGCUAUGGCAUAACACCAAGAACGCGCUUGUGAAUACAUUUCAUUGAACGCAAUAAAAUGACGAUUGCAGCCCGCUAAAUGGCUACUAUACGCGGAUUGUGUGUAUACUCGUAUAUGAAAUAGGCGUAUGUUUUUUUUUUUUUUUUUUCUCAUUUCCAACGCCGAACGAAUAAUUCGGUUUGUUAAGCUAAUGAAAUAUCUAGUUUGACUCGUUUUUCGUAUCUACGAGAAGACGAAUCCGAGAAUUUUCUCCGAUAAAACGGAAUGUUACCUAAACGCGCGCGAAUUAAAUCGAAAUACUUCGGUCUCGAAUCGGUUUGUGUAGCACCAAAACUGCAGCCCACCACAACCGUAAACCGCACGUUCGUUUGAAAUUUAAUUUAAAUUGGGUUUUAACGAAUAAAAAUUAGUCGAUAAUCGUAAUUUUGUUUUCGUGAUUAUAAAACAAUACUAUUUUUCGGUUAAAGUUUAUCGACAAAUAUUUUUAGUAACCGAACUUAACUUCGCAGAACUUGUGCUCUACUAGAUAAUGACGGUAACGCGAACCAAAAGUAUUUUAGACGCCGGAAUAAAAAUACCGCGAAAAGGUAUAAUUUAAAAGUGGUAAAAAUACAAGAAUAUUCGAAUAGGUGCUCAACAAGACCGCUUGUUAUUAAAAUGGCAUGUAGAAAAAGUGGCGUGGCGAAUAGGUCAUUUCGUUACGGUCACCCGUAGUAAACAAUGCGGGCGGCGGGCGAGUAGGUAGGUAAUCGGCAUAGACCUAUUAAUAACAUCGCCAGUAAUAUUAUCAUGGGGCAUAAGUUUUUAAUGCGGUUAUUUCAAUUUGAAUAACAAUAUGAUAUGUUUAAUAAAAAUGUUUAAACUUGUUAUACUUAUAUUGAUAUUUAAUUACUUAGUGAAACGAUAUAGUCAAUUUUACUAUAAUUUUUAUUAAACACAUUUUUAAUGCAUUUUAGUUAGCGGAGGUACAAGUUUCAAAGGGUGUGCGGGUAAGUAGCUAAAAUGUAUGUUCGCUCCUAGUAAAUAAAAUGCUGUUGCCACGUCACUGUAUAUAGAAAUACAAUAUCGUCGGAAUGGAAAAUCGUUGAAACGCGCAUUACAGAAAAAAAAAACCAGCCUAUAGAAAAUAUAUACGAAUUACGUAGGCCGGAUAAGAUACACAGUACACAUUCCGUUCGUAUAUAUUAUAAUGACAUGCGGCAAUCAAAAAGGCAUUAUAAUGUUUACAAUAAUAAAAAUAAUAAUACGCUCACUCGGUAUAUACAUAUGAAUAUUUUUCGCGGAGUCAAAUAUACGAGAGUAGGCCUUUUUUCCCGGGACGACGCCGUUUGCCGCGAUCUCCUCGAGGUUUUGCGUCGGAAAUCCGCUCGCGCACCACUCGUAUUAUUAUAAUUUACCGACCGAUUUAUUCCGGCGGCGGGCCGUUUCUUGUCGCUGCGUCGUUUUCGCGCCGACUCUUACGCUCGCACGUAUUUUCCCGUGUUUAUACGCUCGUUCCGAUUUCCGUUCACCCGAUUGCCCCGCGAACCGGAAGCGGAAACGCUGUUAAAACAAAAGCCGACGCGUUACACCCGGCCGCGUACACUAGUCACCGCCGCGGGCGAACCCCCGUUUUCGGAAAACGCGGCAUCGGCUAUACCCGCCGAGACCCGCUACACAAUGUACACACAUAAUACGCAGGUUAUUACACCUCUCUCAUGUUCAGAAUUUAAAAUACGCCCGUAAGCACACACGAUACAAUAUACGAUUGCGAUACGACGAUCGGCGUUAAGACGUUUAUUUUAUUCUUCUCGGUUCGAGUUUUGUGGCCAAAGCCCGUAGUAAUGUCAAAAAAAAAAAAAAAAACACGGGCGCUAUAAUUCUGUGUACGUCAUCGUCCGUGUAAACACGUGAAAACGUGCAAUUCCGAACGUCAAAGCCGGGCUCGAUUUAAUUUGGACGUAUCUCUGAAAAUCGAAUUCGACGUGACACGUUUACGCGUUUAGAAUACAGAGUACCCUCUGGAAACAAAACACGCGCGUCGUGUUAUAGUUUUGUAAGGUAUCGCGAUGCACACAUGCACGAGUCGAAUCGAAUUUUAAUCGAAAAAUAAAAUCGUUAUACGAAACACGAAAUGUUCAAUAUAUUUGUUCGUCGGCCCGUUCGUUGGUCUGAAUUUUACUCCGGGGAUUUCUGUAUGAGUAUAUAGUCAUAUUGAUUUGGAGUCCGGAUUUAUGUGCACCUAAAAUUCACAAAAUGAGCGCUUAUAAACGUCAAAAAAGCCCCCCCCAAAAAAAAAAAAAAAUACUUAAAAAUAUUUGAAGAGUAUGAAAGAAAGCGAAAAUAGUAGACGGGAGACUUCUAACCCCUCUAACAUUUUUGCUAUUUUAAAUGCUUUUUUUUUGUGGAUUUUAAGGGCAUAUAAAUCCGGUCUCUAGACUCAUUAGUAUAUAUUUGGACUACAAAAAACCGACAAUUUUUUCGUCCUUCUUUGGAAAACGGCGUUUUGGUUGUAAGUUAUGGAAAUUACUUGCAAUUUUCAAUUUCUUAUCUUUAACAAAACGAUAUUAUAACACAUGUCGUCGUGAGUUAUGUACGGAAAACCGAGCGAAAUCUAUCGAUAUUAUUACAUAAAAUUAAAAAUUAAACAAAUUUCAUAGCAUAACGUUUAAAAAUCUUACAAAAUGCGGAUACUGAACAGUAAAAUAAUAUUAAACUCUAAAAUAGUACGAAAAUAAAUAUAAAUCACCCGCUAUAGAAUACCAUCUCGUUUCCCAACUCGUUAAAAAAAAAAAAACAUUAGAAUUUUUAAUGCAUUUCGAAUGCGACUAUGCCAACGAUGUUAAAGUAUUAUUAUUAAUAUUUUUUUUUUUUACACGUUACAAUUCGUAUUCGUUUUAAUUUCUGAUAUUAAAUGUGUAACAAAAAAGUGUAUGCACUAAAAGAUGAUAUCCUCGCAGUUAGCCAAUUUUCGCGGACUUCAGUUUUUUUUUAUUUUACGUUAUUACGUUAUUUUCGACGAAAAACAGUUUCGGGCAUAGAACAAGCAUAAUUAUAAAUAAUCUUCUCGAAAUAAUUAGAUAGACUCAUCGCGGUCUUAUUACCACUAUAUAAGAAAAUUUGUUUGGGGGGUUUUUUUUUUUUUAUAAAACAAAACAUUUUUUUUAUCGUAAUUUUAAUAAACUAUUAGUGAAACAUUUGUAUUUUUAUCAGUCGAGGAAUAACAGCCGUCGGAGUUUUAUAGGGAAACAAACAUACAGAGUAUUAUGAAAUCUGAACGUUAUUUAUUUAGAAAUGAAGCUUGUUAAUAGUUUCUCGGUUUACUUAAAACGAGAAAAGGAUCCGGUAAGUCAUCCGAAACUGGACAGAAUUUCGUAAGUGAUUUGUACCUGACUUACCCGGUUAUUUUUCCUGAUAACGUGUCAGUUUUCCCGACUUGUCCACGUUAUUUCGGCUUCACGCGAAAUGUUAUUUUAUUAUUCGCUUCAUUUUUUAGACUUUAGCGAUUCGACUUAAUUUGAACUUUCGAAUUUGUAAACAAAUACAUUUAUAACGUUUCAGAAUUAAAAACCAAUUUUUCUCUGAUCGAAAAAAAAAGCGAAUUACCGUCCGGUUCAAUUCGCAUACCUACCUCUUUAUCCUUCAAAAAUAAUUGAAACAAAAUUAAUUCGCUUAAUUCAAUUGUAUUUGAUAGUAUUGUAAUAUUAUAUUUGUUCAUAAAAACUAUUACUGACUCUGUACAAAAAAAAAAAAAAAACGUAAUAUAAUAUACGAGUGUAUAUUUCAUACAUCGAGUUAUGCUAACAAAAUUACGACUUACAGGAAUGUUCAAAUUGGCCGUUGUUCGUAAGCCAUCAUUACGAUAUGGGUGCGGGGUGUGUGUGUGUUUUUUGUUUGCGAUUUCGAAAGCGUAAAUAAUUUUUGUUUAUUGACUUUUUGUAUUAGAGGAUAUUCGGGGAGAGCUUUAAAAAUAUUAAGUAGUUAUUAUCGCGAACAAGUUGAACGUGUAAUUUUUUAAUUAAUGAAAGUGUCUGCGCCAGACGUGCGGUGCCGCUGUUAAACUUAUAGUUUGUCGGUCUUCGGAGAGCGGACGAUAACUUCGUUUCAGAACACAGAGUUUAUAUUAUACGAGCAUUAUAUUAUUAUUAUAUUAAAGUCUCUAAAUAAUAAAAAGUAAACUGCAGACUGGUGUCCAAUGCAAACGUUGCGAUAUGUAUAACUAGACAAAUACAAAUUAAUAACAGUACAUUUUAUGAUAAAUACUAUUCUAAAAUAAUCGUUUUAUUUUCUAUUCUAUUUUUUUUUUUUAUUAGUUUAACUAAAAUAUCGAGAGGGCGUGCACUGUCCCCGUUCCUACAAACGCACGCCAUUGCGAAUUUGUUUUCAACAGGGGCAACCUUGUGUCGUUAGUUAGCACAGCGAAUCGACCUAUUAUCAAAUUUAAUGAUAAGAACCUUAUCUUGUGCGUCGAUGUUUUGUCGAUAUUUGAAUAAUUCUUAAGAAUGACACGAGUAUAUUAUACGUGAAACACCACUGUUUAUAAGUCGAUUUAAAAUUAAAAUAUCGAACGUAUAACACAGAUAAUUAUGUUCUUGCUUUAUGUUUGACGACAAGUCAAUUUGCUCUAAUAUUGAUACUGACGCGACGGUACAAAGUUAUCCCUGCUGAACGUUAAUUUUUUAUGUCGUACGUUUGUCAGAGACGGAGACAAUACACGCGGAUCCACACGAUGUCUUUAACAAACUCAGCUCGUCGUAAUAAUAUUCUAUUGUCAAUAAGUGAUUUUAUUUCCGGUAGCGUAUCAAUUUUUACGAGCUAAAUUUUUAUUCGGUGUUGUAUAUUAUGACUAGAGUGGAUGUAAUAUAUACCUAUGAUUUUGCUUAUAUUUAUCGGCUGGUCAAAAAAACAUUUAGUUUAUAACAAAAUGCGUUUGAUGACCUAAUGAUUCUGCGUACACAACAUUUUAUUUUGCAUACUUUGGCGUUUUUCGGUGACUUUAUGGCAUAUUUUAAGGAUUUUUGUUUCGUUACAUUUUUUUGAGAUAUUUUCAUCAUGAUUAUUGUUGUUAUUAUUAUAUUUAGACCAUAUUUUUUUAAUGGUAUAUUUUGGUAGUUUUGGUAUUUUUAGUGAAUUAUAUAUCUGCAUUCUGCACACAUAUUUAAAGGUUUUCAGGACGUACGAAUAUCGCUCCUAAUUAUUGCUGUUAUUUCUGCACGUAGUUCAAACGUUUUUCACGCCAGUGUUUGAAUUUAUUGUCGUACACCACACGAGACCUAGAAUAUACCUAUUAUCGAAUUCGAAUUUUAAAUAUUUUUAUGAUUCCGCCGUAAACAAUAUCGAAUAAUACGAAAAAGUUUUUGUUAAAUAAAUAAAAAAAAAAAAAAAAACAAAAGUUACAUAAAACCGAAAUAAUUCGAUUGAAACUCGAGAGUUUUCCGUCUCUGUAUAAUAAUAAAUGAAUCGAACGAUAAAUUAAACGCGUUUUUGUUCAACGCCCGAAAUGACCACCGCUACAAAUAUAAGCAAAACGCUCGUAUAAAAUCGCGUGAAUUACAAAAGAUAAUCAAAACUGCGCAGUUCUACUGUUAUAUUUUCUGUGUUUUUGUCGAAACGCUCUCGCAAACGUCGUGGUCGUCGUCUGACAAACCGUUAUUAGAGAAAAAUCAAUGUCGAUUUCUUAUUUUGUAAGCUUAGAUUACUCUGUUUUUUUUUUCAUCAGUUGAAGACCAGUGUUCUAAUUUGGGCGGGAGGGAGGAGAUAAGAGAGAACGCAGGAAAACUCCGUGUAUCUUAACAUAUUUUUCAGACAAUUUAGCGUACCUUUACUAUUUAUUUUAAGUGGGGCACGUAGACCGGUACAUAUUUUUACAUUUUUAGCCAAAUAAUUUAUAAUGUAAAUUCCUAUAUCAUGCUUAACUAAAUUUUUACGACUAACGAUAAACCUUAAAUUUUCGAGCUGGACCAAAACCAUUUUAAUCACACGAAACUAAAUUAAAACCUACACAAAUUAAAAGUUCAAAAUGUUUAUAAAAAACUGAAAAACGCCCAGAAUGUUUUGCUAUACAUAAAUGUUCGGUGAAAUGUGCAGUCUACGAUUAUUUUUCACUAAAUGACAGAAACCGUUAUCGAUUUAAUAUUAUUAUUUUCCUGACGUUUUUCUCGGUCUUUUCCGAAUAUUGAGAAAUCAAGAGAAAAAAAUGCCUGAAAAAAUUACCUCCUCAUUGCAUCGACAACCGUAAACCGUAAAAAAAAACAUAUUCCAUAGUAAAUCAAUCAUUAGAGUAUCUACUCUAAAAUAAAUAUAUAUAUGUAUACUUAAAAUGUUAGCCAGCAGUAUAGCGUUGAUAAGUUUUUUGAAGUUAAACGUUUUUAUUUUUCGUAAAUAUUAUUAAUCAUUGAAUUAUGCUUGAAAAUUGGUAUAGUAAGGAGGUGGCGAAAGUGAAAGUCCCCUACGGGUACAAUAAUUGCAAUGAACGUUAAUUUUAUUUAAGUCUUUUAUUUUUCCAUUUCGAGCAUCGGUUAAAGGACUCUAUUCACUGAAACGACGCUUUUUUGAUUUACCGCCGAAUUGUACGCGGUUAUUUGUCGAAUACGAUAAAAUACGCAUAAAAACCCUAAACCCUUGCGAUUCGGGCAAUCGCAUCGGAAAUAAAACUCCGCAAUCAGACUCGCACAUUAAUGCGGUGAGUUUAGUCUCCGAUAAAAAUAAUAAUAGUUCACCGAUAAAUUACGAAUCAAUUUUUUUUUUGACAUUUUUUAAAACAAUAAAAACAUGAAUUAUUGUCUCACGACAGAGGUUCCUGGCCUAUUUCGACUCACGGCACACUUAAUUAUUUUCUAAAAGUCCGGAGGCACCCUAUGGCCUAUACUCUAUACUGAAUACGCAAUAGUUAUAUAUCGUCUACUUAAGUUUAUAUUUUGUAACUUCGGUUUUGUUUAGCUAAGUGCCUUAGUACAAACAAAAGUAGUACGCAUAUACACAUAUUACACUUUAUAAAACAAAUUAUUACAUUGAACAUUAACUAUAUAUUUUAUAUUUAAUUGUUAUUAUAUAAUAAUAUUAUUUGAUUAUCAAAAUUAAUAAAAAAUUAGGUAACUUAUGGGACUAAUGUUACUAACUUGACACUUGGGCUUGUUUUUUUUUAUGUUUACAAGAGUAGAAAAUCCUUGUUCACAUACAUAUGACGUCGAAAAAUUCAGUGAUAUUUUCAUACAGCAACGGAACCAGUAUGGAAAUUAAAAUAAGAUUGAACAUCGCAGUAUUACUAUGUACAAAUUAUACGUAUUAUAUAAUUAAUAUAUUAAAUUAUACACAAUAGGUGUUAUACUAUAAAGUAUAGUACUAUGAUCUGUUUUAUUACUCACAGUGCUGUAUUUUUCAUGAAGUCGUUUUUAAAAAAAAAUAUGUAUAUAUAUUUCAAAUAAUUUCGCGGCACCCUAAAUUUAAGUUCGUGGAAUUCAAGUUGAGAACGCCUGUCUUACGGGCACCUACUACCAGGACAUCGCGAAGUGGACAUUUGUUUUUAGACUUUCAGAUUGAGAAAGAGGACCACGAACGGAUACGCGUUAAUUUCAACGGAUUUUUUUUUUCUAAUGAAAAUUAAUCGCUUUUAAAAAAUUGUUUUCUGCUAUGGAUAUUAUACAUAUCAAAAGUAAUUGUCGUCGUUAUACGUACGUGUUUGUUUAUAAAAACAUUUUUAUUGUUUUUUGAAAAAUUUGAAUAUAGCCAUUUUAUAGAGUUUAUUCUUCUAAAAACAUUGACGUGUAAACUUUUGAUUUUUAUUACAUUUGUGAUGUUUAAUAAUUUUCUAAAAUUCAGAGGAAAAAAAUGUACAGUUAAUUAUUAGCUAUGAUGAAAAUAAGAAUAAAAAAUUAUUAGCGAAUGAGAUUACAUUCUGCUGCAUUAUAAGUACUUUUUUCUGAACUAUAAAAAAAUAUUGAAAAUGACAAAUUUAAUAAAAAUUAAUAGUUAAUACGUCAAAAUGUUUAAAAGAAUAAACUCCAUAAAAUGGCUAUUUUCAAAUUUUUCAAAAAUAAUAAAAUAAAAGUUAUUCUUUUAAAUUUUUCAAAACUUCUAUUAAUAUAUAAAAAAAAAAAAAUUAGAAUUUGAUUAUCUUUAUUAUCUUCGAAGAUAUUGGUAAUGGAUCCAUCUUCGUGGGAUACUCUGUAUUGAAAUUUUCGAAUUUUCUUUUAUGUCGUAUUAUUUACUUACGAAACAUCGAAAUACGAUGCUCCAAUCAGAAGUUUUCUAAAAACAAAAAAAUCGAUUUUAUUUUUUUGUCAUUAUUUAUUGUGGAGGGAAAUAUUUUAUUGUUAAAGUAUCCAUGUAAUACGGUUAUAUAUAUUCACAAUAUAUUAUAUUAUAUUCAACCGAUGAUAUUGUAUUCGGAACGUCAAAUUAUAAGUGAUGAAAAUAUACGAGUAUAAUAUUCUACUUUUGUAUAGUUUCUUAUUGUUGAUAAAUUUUAUGCUUUCCGAGAAUAUUUGGUUAGGUAAUAAAUUGGAUUUUUUUAAAAAAAAACGACUAAACCGAAUUUAUGACCCGGUAAAAUUCGUAUUAUUAUUAUUAUUAAACGAAUACAUUUCAUACUUGCCGAGUCUGUCUUUCGAGUUUGUAAAAUAUUAACACGAGAAAAUUACAUUAUUGCACUGGUAAAUAUUAUAUUGUCGUUAAUCGAAUGUUUGUCAGUUAUCAGCUAUAUUCAAUUAAAACGCAAUGUAUUCGUAUGCGAAAAAUAUCAUGGAUGAUGAGGCAAGACGAGAGCCGCGGGGAAGAGGAAAAAAAUGUGUGGCCCGAGGUGGAGAAAACGGAAAAUUCGUGAUGAACUGGGAGUUUCGGGCGAGAACAAAUAUAACAUGCGUCCGACGAAUCCACUUCGACGACGGUUAGGUCAGGUUUGGUCAGGCCAGGUUUGUUUGUCGGCGAUAACGUGCAACGUAAUUAUUAUUCGGAUAUGGUUGGAGUAUAGACAUUUUUCUUUAUGCUGUCAACCGUUUUUUUUUUCAUUAUUCGGUGUACGUAGAACGGUUUUGACAAAACUGUUUUUAGGCGAAUUGAUUCGCUUUAUUUUUAAGAUUAUUAUUAUUAUUAUUAUUAUUUUUUCUUUUUCGUAUAAUACCACGACAAAUGAAAUAUAACGCGGACGGGACGGUAUCAUAAAUUCGUUUAAAAAUCCGAGCUUAACGUCAAAAGAUCCGCCCGCACCAGAAACUAUAUAAUACGAAACGUUUGUGCAGUGUAUAAUAUAGCGAUGUGAUUAACUACUGUCGAGUGUACUCGAGUUGACUGUGGGACAUAUUUUCGUGUAUAAGAAAGUACGAAAAUAUUGUUUAACGUUAUUAUUUAGUUGAUUGGAGGCGUUUUAUAAAUCGCGUGAUUAUUUCGAGAAUGUAAUUGAAAAAUCCACAGGAGUUCGGCGAAAAUAAUAUGAUUUGCACUAUACCUACAGUGUGCAGCAGUGGGGCGAACGUGUGCGAUUUAUUAUGAAAAUAAUUAAAACGGACGCGGUAUUCAAGGUGUUUUAAACGAAAAUAACUCCGCGUAUCAAACGUAACCACCAAUCGGUAAGUAUUCCAGCGCUAUCGGUAUUUCGGUGCACCUAACGGAUUGUUAUAAUUCGUUUGAAAACGGGAUUCAUUCGGUUCCAGAAACGUCAUAAAUGAUAUAUUGUUGUAUAAGAUAAGCAUAGCGGAUAUUAUAUUUUUAAUUUAUUUUUUCUCAUUUACAAUACCGUAUUUUAAUAAACGACUGAAUUUUUUUUUUUUUUAUUUUACAACGCAGGUAUUUAAACGGACGUGUUUUGAAAAUAUUUUAAGCCAAACGUUCUAGAGAAGUUCAGACGAUAACGAUUCGAGUUGAUAUUUUUUUAAUUGGCUGUAUAAUAUUUUCUUUAUUUGUAUAGUUGUACCAAGAUAAACGGGUUGUUUUUCAAUUAUAAUUGUUUAGCUCAAAAAUUCGAUAUAAGGUUCCUCAUAAGUUGCUUAUGAGUUGUUUUUCGAAAAAAAUUCAAGAUUUUAGUUUAUCUGUCUGUUGACGACUUUUCUUUCGGGAAUAUUGCUCCGAUUAGCAUAUUUUAUGAAAGAAAAUUCUAUCUUGUUGAAGAAGUUAUGUUUUUGCUUUUUCUCGCAGUAUUUAUUCUCAAUCAUUGGGAAAACCGAGAAAAGCGUAUAAGAAAACCGGUCGAAUUUACGACAGUAACUAUUUCUUUUUUUUUUAUAUACCGGAAAUCUGCUUCGAAUUUCAAGCAUUAGAAGAAUUACAAGAAUUAGUAUCGUUUCCGAAAGGAAAUUUUGUAAUUAGUGCAAUCCGGUUUUUGAUUUUUUUACAGGGUUAUUGUUUAGAUAUUGAAGAAAAUCGUAAAAAUCAUCAACAUUAUCACAAAAUAUUUUUUGAAUUAAUGCGAAUUAAAUUACAUUUUACCGAAUACAAUUAAUAAAAUAUUAUGUAUACUAACACGGCUAAUAAAAUAUUUUAUUCGUUUAAUUACUAUAAAUCGAUAUUGCAGUUUUUAAUGUUUUUUUAUUUUAUCGUUUCCGAAUAUCCCGGUUUAAGAAUAUAUAAUAAUAAUAUUAUGUAAUCGUAUGCAAAGUAUUAUAGUUUUGUCAUUUUGAAAAUGCUCGUAUAAUAACAAUGCACGGCAGUAUCGUAUUUUGUAAAUACUAAUUCCAACUUUUUAAAUAAAUUUUUGAGUCAGUACGAAUUGAUCUAGUAAAAUAACGAAAAUACAAAUUAAUCUAAUGGCUAACAAUAACGGCGUGGGACAUGAAAAAAACUAAGCACUCAACUCGAAAAAAAAAAAAAACAUUUUUAACAAAAAGCAUUAAAAGCAAUUUUUUGGAAAGUGUUUUGCGAAUUUCGAAAAAUGUUUCUAAUAAAUCAUCAUCAGGCGGAUGAUUCACAUCUUUCGAGUUAGGUCAGAAAAUCGGAGCGGAAUUUUUACUAAUCGAAAAGUGAAAAAACAAAUGCACGUCUUUUAACACCCCUUCCGGUACACUGAUUAAAAUACUGGUUUUAAAAAGAAAUUCGACUAUACUUUCGGAAGAAUCUUGUAUAAAAUACGCGUUCGGUCUUGCGUUCCACUUAGCGUUAAUAUGAUUCAAACAAAACAAAAAAUAAAUUUAACGAAAACUACCGGAGUCACUAUUUUUCGUCCUAUGCGCCAUAUAGCACUACUAUUCAGUACAUACCGAUCACAGAGAUAAUAGCUGUUGUGCACUAUGAUAAUAAUAAUAAUAAUAAUAAUAUGAUGCUUUUUUUUUUUUUUUUUUUGUCGACAGUAUACGUCGUGUUGGGAAAUUACUACGAUCACACCGGUCUCAUCGUGGCGAUGGACGAAAUGGAUUUAUUCAAAAACGGUAAGUAAUUUUUCUACCCUUUAUCGGGGUGUUCUCGUCGUUAUUUUCGAUUUUAUGACCGUAUUUCGCAAACGUUUCGGUUUUUAAUUUCCGUUCGGGAUACAUUAGGUAGUUAUUAUUUUUUUCGUUUUCCGUUCGGCCGGCCGUCCGAAUCGGCUUUGUAGCGAUUGUUUCUACAACUGCAAUCAUGCAGUAGCCUAUAAGAGUAUGUAUAGAUAUAGGACUAACCGGGGUAACUAUUAUCUGCAGAGCCUUUGAGAGCAUUCGAUAUGUCCGUUGGCCCGUAAACAUCGCAUAGUAUACGCACUGUAAAUACGUCAAAAUUUCCCGGCAUGUCGGCCCUUUCGCCCGUAUGGCGCGCGGCAUCAGACUGCAGAUACAUUCUCGGGUUUCGUCUAAAAUAUCGAGACCGUCAAACGAAAAUUCCGUAAAUGCGUAACGUUAUAAUCUAUUGAUUACCGAAAAUUAUUAUUAUUUUUUUUUUUUUGGCCAAAGUCAAGCCGUAUUAAAUACAAUACACUUUUAAUAAUUUAGUGAUCGACCUAUUUUAUAUAUACGCGUAUAUGUACACAGUCGACGUUAUAUGUUUUUGUAAUUGGUUGUUACCGGAUAUUUUCUUAUAAUUACAACUCUCCCUCCAUCUUUUAUCAAAGGUCUAAUAAUCAUAAUAAUUUUUCACGACAAGAGACAACAUACUCAUACACGGGUACAUUAUACAGGCGCGUACAUAGAGUGUUUUAAAAUGCGAUUUGAACGACUCGUACAGAUUUAUUCAAUAGUGCACACACAGUGAUAAUUGUUUUUAUGAAGUGCUUGGGGAUUGUGUUUCAAGUUGACCUAAAUUUUUCCGCGGUGCUGUUAUUAAUUGUAUUUUUAUUAUUUACAUUUUUUACUCAGGACUAAUUAAAUUAAAAGCGACAUUUAAAGUUCUAAAAUGCGUUGGUCGCAUGCGGUUUGAAACUUUUGUACAUUCUCUAUUUGAAAAUUAAUCAUAUUAAAAUGUUGCCUUUUUGGUCAAAAAAGAUACAGUAGGGUACAGUAAUGUUGGGUAAGUAAGGUGUAGUUUCGUAUAAAAAUGUCAUAUAUCUUUACGAUUUACAUUACAGAAACAAAUUUUUGUUUUCACUUUUAAUUCAUGUUAAUUCUGCAAUUAGUGCACAAUAGUCACUAAUUCUUGCGAAAAAUCAAAAAAAAAAAAUCGUAUAAAAACAUAUUUAUAACCUAGGCUGCCCUUUUUUUUGUUUUCAAAAUGAAGUACAACACGCCAAAACUUGAGCAUGAAUUCAUUACUUAAUUUUUUUAGAAUAUUUUUUUUAAAUAUUUAAAUCUUUCAUCUUCUACAAAAUAUUUAAUAAUUCUAUAAAAGUAAACUAUUUACAACUGUAAAGUAUAAAGUACAAAAGUGAUAAAAUACAAUACCACUUACUUUGAAAAAUAGUAGAGUUAGAAACCUUGCUUGUAACUCAAAGGCACUUUAUACGUUUGGAUUCUGAGUGUAGCGAAGAAACAAAUGGUUUUACAAUAAUGUUUAUUUUUUUUUUAUCUGUGAACAAAUUUUCCAGCAGAAAUAUUUUUCCGAUAUACAAGUGUAGCACUUUUUCUAAAAGAAAAAUUGAUUGAUAAGAUACUUUAAUGUGGUCAUUUUUUUAUUUUCCCAGAAGUUUUCCCAAUAAAUGGGAAAAACCGCAAAAACAUAGGAAAAUCGGGAGCCCGGGAAAAUCGGUACAACAUUAAACAAAUAUUAUUAAAGAAAAUAUAUAAAGCCUAUUUAAUUAUUUUACUAUAAAAUAACAUAAAUAUAUAUGACAAAUUAACCCUAUCAACUGAACUCCGUUCAGAAUCGAUUUUUCGUUAAAAAUGGUUUAUUUGUUGCUUACAAAUAUAUAUUAAAUUCCUACUUAUAUCCUUUAUUGCAAUUUCAUAUCUACAGCUUUGGCUGCACCUUUCCCAUUAUCCUAGGAUAGAUUUUUUAAAUUGCUUUAAUUCUUUAAAUUUUGUUAUUUGUGAUUAAACUCCAAUCUAUAAUCUUCAGUCUAAACGCUACGAUUUAUAUUCUAAUUAACGUAGUCUAUUGCUAUGCAAUGCAUUAGUAAGACGGAGACAUCCACUUAACCAAACGUUUUAGAUGUAUCCACUUCUCAUAUUAUAUUUAUAAUUUAAUCUUUGAAACAAUUACUUUGUGUCAUAAUGCAUUAAAACAAAUUUUCCUAUAUGCUUAAAAGGUUUGGGUUCUUUAAAAUGUAUACGUAAAAAUAUUGUUGCCACGGCAACAAACAGCAUUUGGAUUUAUUAAUUAAUAAUAAAAAAUGUAACACUAGUUAUUUUAAAUAUUUCAAUUUCUAGAAAAAACUUAAUAUUAUAUUACGAUUUUUAUAAGAAAUACAAAUUAAUAUAAUUCGAAUCAUACAAUGGUUUAAUUCCGUGCUCUGCUAAAGCAGAUUUACUCCAUACGCACUCUGACGUUAUUUGGAAUGUUUUCAAUUUCAAGUACAAAUGUAUCAUGAUAAAAUGAUCACGAAUAAUUUGGCUUUUUUAUUACCGUUAAAAUAUCCAUGGCAGAUUUCGUUGAAACAAGAUCUAGAUUCUUGUGCAUAGUUAUCUCUCUAUAAAUUAAACAUUUUUUAGUUUAAAUCCUAACAUUGAGUAAAGUUAAAAAUAUAAUUAUAUUUACUCCAUCAACAGUUUGGGGAGUCAUUCCAUUAAAAUUUCACCGUGGUUGAAAAAUUCUAGAAUUGGUGUACUUCUUGAAUAAUUGUACAACCUAUGAUUUAUUGGAAAUAUAAUGGAUUUUUAGGUUCAAAUAAAAUUUAACCAAUCCUUUAGGUUCAAUGUUGUUAUCACAUUUUUUAAAAAUGGAUUUUAAUGGUUUUUUUUGGAAAAACUUUUUGUUCUUCGUGCAGCAAGAUAAAUUAAUUUAUUAUUUCCAACAAAAUGUAUACGUUCGUCAAACAUUUUUAGACUUUUUGAUGAGCCAAUUGUAUUAAAAUGACUCAUGAUACCAGCAACUAUAAAUUGUUCAACUAUUUGUUAACUAUAAGACGUAAUUUUUAUAAACUUUGGUCCUUCGUAGAAAACUGAUGUGUAUCUAAUAACACAAACAAUUAUUUAAAAUGUUUAUUUUCAAAUUUUUUUAUGCCUGUAAUAGGUAGUGUAUAAAAAAUAAAAUAAGUAAAUAAAUAAUAUAUCUCAUAUUCAUGCCAACGAAAUAAUUACGACCAAUUUAUUAUAUAAGACCAACUAAUAUAUUAAUAAUAAUAAUAAUAAUAAAUAGUAUUAUUAUUAUUAUUUAUUGUAAGUAUAGAACUCAACGAAACGAUAAAAAUGAUCAUAAAAUACAACAAAUAUUAUAGAAUCGAAUAUUGAAAAAUACCAUGAACUGUAUACCUACCCGUUUUUGUUUAAGAAAAACUUUCUUUAAAUCGUGAAUACAUUGAUGUAUCUUUUCUUAAAUAAGGUAAAUUGUAUACAUAAUGGUUUUAUUUAAAUACGUAUUUUACAAUAAAAAUUAAAUCAUCGUAUUUAAAAUAUUUGAUUAAAUAAAAUAAGAGUUAUACUUUUAUAGUGGGUACUUUGUACAUUGCAAUGGGAACGUGCCUUACAUUAUUUUAGGGAUGGGGUUUAAAAAGUUUUUAAAAGUACUAUUUCUCAAUUAUUUUGAAAUCUUUUUAGAAAACCAAAAAAAAAAAAAAAAAGGACCUCUCUAUUGCACCUACUUUCUUUUUCUUUUUGUAAACAACUUUUUAAAAAUAAUACUUAUUUCGAUGUAUCAAGUGUAACUGUGCAGCAUCUUUUCUGAAUUGAAUUGUAAUUAGUAGUUGAUGCAUUAGAGAGGUUGUUGUUUAUGGUUAAAUGAAAAAGUAAGUUUAACUAUGUAUAAUUUUGCUAAUGAUUUGAUCAGAAUAGUUUUUUUUUUUAUUAAAUUUCUGAAUUAUAACAAACUGAAAGAUAUUUAGUGCGACUGCGACAUAUUACCCCUAGAAAAUAACAUCGAGAUCUUAUACAAGGAGUUAUACGAGGAUAGGCUGAAAAAUAAUGCGCAAGUUUGUGUUGAACACUAUCAACCGAACUUCGUUCAGAAUCGUUUUUUCGUUGGAAAUUAUUUAUCAUUGCUUACAGAUAUACAUUUAAUUUCCCCUCUAAUAUUUUCCCAACUUCGUUCCAAUAACAGUGAAUGCACCCGUCCCUAUUACCCUAGGACAUCUUUUCUAAACACGCUGAUUCUGAUUUUCGUUAGUUGGUAUUUUAUGAUUUUUACAUUGGUAAAUUCAAUUUUUGAUUUCACACGUACGCCGUGCAGUAUAAUAGUAAGUUUAUUACAUUAGAAUAUUUUUCUUAACAAUUAAAUAGGACAUAAAAAAAAAAAAAAAAACAUUAUUAAAUAUGUUUAUGAUAAUAACCUAUUACUGUAGUUAGUUGUGAUUAGUUCAAUAUUAAACUUUCGAUAAAUAUAAUAAUAAUAUAAAUCAAUGUUUUGGGACGGAGAAAAUUUUAUUUUGAAACAUUAUGUUAUUUCACGAUUUACCUUUUGAAAUGUUUAAAAUAUAAAUAAUUUAACGAAUUUACAGAGAGAUAGUGCGCGCAAAUCAAACGGACCAAUAUAAAUAUUUAAAUUUGCGUAGCGAGGCAACUGAAGGUUUCACGGACGUUUAAGGUUGGGUAAAUAAAACUGUAUUCAGUUAGUUUUUAAUACACCUCGACGAAAUAAUAUGGUAAUUGGUAAAUCGCGUUGUACUUAUAUUUAAGUACUAUACUUGAACUUGAUAAUAUCUUUUCUGGUCGAUAGCCUAAGUAGAUAUAUUGCAGUCGGGGUAAUUUAGUUUUGGCAGAGUUAUUAUAUUUUACGUACGUAAAACCGAAAGUUUUGGACAAUAUCCAUGUUACGUAUAUAUAUAUAUAUACACAAUUCAAUUUAAAUAUUAAUAACAGUAUAUGUCUGUUAUGAAUUAUAACGUCAUAAAGUUAUACACUGUUAUUAAUGAUUAUAUUAUGCAGCGAACGUGAUUUCUAGAGACGAAAAAAGAAAUUUAAUCAAUUCGUUGCAAACCACACCGUUAAAAACGGUUAUAGUUUAUUGUUUUACGCGUUAUUACAAUAAAUACAAUAAAUUUUUAUUUAUACACGCGCGUACGACGUGUAAAAUGCAGUUACUUAUUGUCUUCUUUUUAUUUAUUUUCGGUUCUAAAAAGUCAGUUGUAAAGUCAUUUUUAUUGCAUUUGUAUUGUAAAACUGCAUACGGAUCGCGAUUCUGUUUAGCUUUAAGCACAAUAACCACUCAAUAUACUUAUUAUAUUAUAUUAGUUCGCAUCGCUCGUCCAUAGAAAUCGCUCUUGUCAAGUCGCGCCGUCCAUAAAGCAGUCGGUUUUUAUUUCGCAAUCCAAACUAAACUGGAAAAUAAAAAUCUUUAUAUUGUUUUUUAAAAUUCUGAGCGAUACCGAAGAUGCUACGCGACGAGGGUUUUUUUUUUCAGAAAAAACUUUUUUAGCUAGUAUAAAUUUUUCAUUUUUUUUUUUUUUUUUUUUUAUAAAUCUAAAGAUACGGUAUUUUCACCGGCGAUACUUUAAUGGAAACGAUUAUUUUAGAUUCUCAAUUGUUUUUUUUAAAAAGUAAAAAAAACGACGACAAAUACACCUAUGGUUUUGUUUUAUUUAUGUUGAAUUCUCGGUUACCUUAUUGGGUCUUUGCUAUGUAUAAAGGAGGAGGGAACACAAAACUACAAUACUAUAAUAACCUUACUAAUUUACUGAGUGUCUCUCAGAAUCCGUUUUUGAUUACAAAGAUGUAUAUCGUCUCAUUUUGUAAAAAAAUAAACUACCUAUUAUAUUCUAUACCUUUUUAACUUUCCACCUACAAUAGUGGCGUGCUUGAGGCGCGAAGAACGUACGGUUUUUAAAUUUGUUUUUUACGAAUUUUAAACAAACGACCGGUCGGUGCCUCGGAGGCGAUGGCUUUCUAGCCGCGAGACUGAUUAAUGAUUAAAUGCAAAAAAAUAAUAUUCUUAGACUUAAGGGCAGCAGUUCACGGUGUAUAAUUAUUGUUUUAAAACUAAUUGCUUGGUGUCAACACGCAAGUGUACGAAAACGUUGUUAAGGAAUUUUCGAGUUGAGAUACAUGCCCCGUUACUAACGGGACACAUCAUCAGCGUUCGGCGCAGAAUUUAAUUUAAAACAAUAAAUAAUUGUUUUUCUCUUUCUCGAAUAACAUUUUCGUUCUUCGUUUUGCUAACAGGUGAAUAUUUCGUGGUGGGCGUGGACGUGGAACAGUACGACGCGGGAGACCCCGCGAAAUAUUUGACCGGAAUGUUGUCCAACAAGCCGGAUCCCGUUUUGGAAAAAGCUUUCCGGUCGUUUUUCAGCGUGGUGCCCACGUCGCCCAGAGGAUUCAAGAAUUUCUCGGUCAAAGUCAACGAGUACAUGGAGAAACCGCCGUUUCUGUUUCCCAAUCCCUUGGUGCAGUUAGGCGGCGUCAAACAGGUAUGUGUAGGUGUACAUAGCGUGUCCGCGCAUAAUCCUGUUUUUCAAAAAAUAUUUAUCACAGACGAACAGGCUGUAAAAUAGUUUAAGAUUAUGUAGAAAACAUUUAAUACAUAUUCAUAAUGCCCGUUAUUACAAUAUGCAAAAUUGUAACAUUUAUAUGUAUUAACAUAAAAAUGCGUAUUCCACAUCCGGCGGUGGCUUUUUCUCGAUUUAUUUUCCGCUGAGAUUUGUAGCGUGUUUUUUUUUUUUUUGUUCGGAAAUAUGUUUCGCUAGUUAAACUCUCGUGCCUCGAAGUGUUAGCCGAUUUCGAACAUUUUUUUUGGAAAGAGAAAGACGUUUCACGCGGAUUUGAUUUGGAAUUCUAAAAUAAUAUUGUUAACCGCUAUAAUUAGAAGUGAGAUACGACCGAUUUUUGACUUUUGUUGAGUUCAUUUUUUUUGUAGUUUUUUAUUAUAUUAUCAUGUAAAGCAUGGUUUGAGUAACAGAAACAAAAAACAGGUAUAUCACGCAGGUACUAUACCCUUUAUAUAAAAAGUAAAACAGAGUGAGUUAUUUGUUUAAAACCGUUAAGACGAGUUUUUGUAAUUGUUAACAGCCUGUUAUUAACAAAAAAAUCACGAGCAGGACGUUGACAGUUAGUCUGCAGAAGUCGCAGAAAACAAUAUUUGUAAAAUUAAGUGGAUUUUAUUAUUAUAAUAUGCUAGAUAACAAAUUAGGUAUAAUUUCGCUCUCAUUAAUCUGUCGAUUGAAUAUUCUAGAUACUAUUUCGAAUUAUUUUCUGGUAAAUACAUUCUUUUUUAAUCUACCGUGACAGCUAUUGAACUGUAAUAAUAAUAUACAGUUGAAAAGUCGCACUGUAUUCUAUUUAUUAUAUGCUGGGAAAAAGAAUUGUCAACGUCGCGCGUCGUUCGAACACCGCAGGAUGAUUUAACGAUAUUUCGUACUGCGAUCCGUUUUUCUCCCGUUUUUCAUUGUCUGUUCCAUCGCGGUCUCAUUUUUCGUCCGUCACAAUCAUUUGUUUUCACGAGGUCAUAUACGGCUCAUAUAUUUUUUUUUUUAUUCUUUUGUCAUAACUCCUCUUAUCGUUUAUGAUAAACUUGUCGAUUUUUUCCCGUCCAUAAAUUUCCGUCGCCCGCUCUAUUACAUACUUAUAGUAUAUAUUAUAUGACGGCGAUACAUUAUUAUCGAAAACGGAAUUUCAGAUUCCUCGAGUAAAGUGAAAAACCAGUAUUUUGUUUUCCAUUAUUUGCUAUAAAUGUUCACAGUUUUUUUUUGAAAUUUAAAAGCGAAAUCAGUGGCGUAAUUUCGAGGGGGGAAGCGUGGGAGUGUAAUCCCACAUUUAUUAAUCAAACAUUUAUUUAAUAAAUAAACUUGAAUACAAACUAUAGUGAUACCUCUAAAUACCGGACACCCGCGGUCGCUGAAAUUUUGUGUCCGUUAUUCAGAGGUGUCCGUUAUUUAGAGGGACAAAUUGUAUUUUUAUUUAAUUAAUUAAUUAAUAAGUACAUCUUAAAAUUACAACAUUUCAUCGACGCGAUAAUAUGUAAACGACUGGACGGAUGCAUAAGAUAUACUUCAUAUACAUUAUAAUAAGUUAUAGUAAUAAAAUAUAACUUAAUAGUGUAGAAUUUAAAUUAUAGGUGUUCCAAAAUUAUUCUUAAUUUACGAUAAAAAUGAUUAAUAUAAAUUCUAAAAAGUGUUCGUUAUUUAGAGUGUCUUGUUUUUAUUAGAGGUUUUCCUAUACACAAAUAGUGAAAAUGUCCACGUUCCCGAAAAAAGCGUCCGCUGUUCGGAGGUGUCCGUUAAGGGAGGUUUCAUUGUAUAAUGUUGUACUAGGAUUAUCGUGUUGUGUUUCGAUAGCAUAUAUGGACACCCGCGGGUAAUUUAUCAGAUAAGUCGUGUGCAUAAUAAAAUCAAACACCAAACAGUACUCGAAAUAAAAUUAUAUGUGAAAGUUUGAAGUCUAGGGGGGAGCAGAUGCCCCGUCUUGCCCCUCAUUCCGGGCGCCCACGACAGCAUAUAACAAUGCGAUUUGACAAAAUCGCUAAUAUUGUUCAUUUUGCGGCGGUUUUAAUGAAAUGUUUAGUGGUUAGUUUUAUCAAGGGAGUGAACUGUGAAUCGUGAAAAUGUUCGCACCAAGUGCCGCUUGUUACGGCAUAAUGAUAAUUUAAUACAUUUUUCGUUUUAACGUUUGUCAGGUGCAACAUUAAUUAUUUUUUCAUGUACUAUAUUAUUAUUGAUAUACGUACAGUUUUAAAUAAAAAUAUUUCGAAAAAUUUCGUUUUGAUCAUUGUUUAUGUAUAUAUGUAAAAAAAAAAAAAAAAAAUAUAAAUUCGACGGUCGGAAAACAUUUGUACCACAUUGCGAAAACUCGUCGACUGGCCGUAGCUCGAAGUUUUUUUGAAAAUUUGCAUAGACUAUUAUUAUUAUAAUUUAUAAUGUAUGUCGGGUGUGGUCUGUACACGGAAAAUGUUGUAAUAAAAUUUCUAAAAACUUCCAAACGCCGCAGCCAGUCGACGAGUUUUCGCGUUGAAAAAAUAUUUUUCCGCCAUCGUCAAAACGAUAUUAUUAUUAUAUUAUAGUGUUAAUUUUUUUUUUUCGACCGACACAACGUGACCGACGAUGUGAUUUUAAUUUCAAAAGUUAUUUAUUAUAUUGCCCUUUGUAAACAAAAAAAAAAAAAAAAAAAGAACAAAUAAAAACCUCGUGUAUUUAUACAACUAUUGCUAAAAGUGUUACAGGCUGAUAGUAUAACACCAAACGUAAUUUUAGCCAGACAAACACUUUGCGGAUACUUUGUUCGGGUUUUGUAUGUGGAAUUCGUAUAAGUGUGGCCGUACGAACCAUCGGCGUAAUUACUUACAUAAAUUGUUAAUCUUCUCUCUUGUAAACUAUGUAGUCCGAAUUCAAAUAAGGCACAUCGAAUCGUAUAUUUGUAUAUUUUAAUUGUAUGAAUUUUGAAUUUUUUUUCGACCGGUUUUUGUUUGUAUUGUUGAAAUAUAAGUAGAUACUACCUAUAUAAAGAACAUUUUUUCGACUUUUUAGGAGGCCCGUAUGACUUCUAUGCGGUUCUUCCCCAUACACGGUGAUAAAAACCGAAACGAAUGAAAUUAAAACUGGUUUGAUUGUAUAGUCGAUUCGUUUUUUUUUUUUUUCAUUCGUUGAACUAAUUAUUAUAACUGCGUGACAAGCAUCGGUAAAAUCGGAUUGAUUAAUCGUACGUGUACAUAGAUUUAAAUGAUUGAUUAAUAGUCAGCAUCUAUGAUGUUAUAUUUGUAAUUAAUAUCGAUUACGCGGAGAGUAUCGAUUAACCGAUUACUAAUAAAUUGAUCGACAAAUCAGUCGUGAUCGAUUAUACGUUUCGCCGGUUAGCGAGUUACAGAUAGUUGCACGGGCCCGCGCCCCGUAAAAAUUAAACUGUCUUCGACGGGAUGCGUGAUUAAAUACCCUAUGCGAGUUCGGCCCAAAUCGAAGCGUAACCGAGUUGCUUUUAAGAGUUUCGCAAAACAACCUACCAUUGUUGGUCCAGAGUGUAAACGUACUAUCCAGUCGACGAAAAGGCAUUGCGGCCGUUAGAUUUGAAGCCUAGGGAAAAUGGAAACAUGUAACUUAGCUGCCGGUCCAAAUCUGAUAAUGCUCUGUGGAAACUGUAUAUUGAUCUUAGUGUCAAUCUAAAACUUAUGCAUACCGCUUGGGCCGAAACCAGAUAGGACCUGUAUGUAUGCCGACAGGAUAAACGCACCGCGGGCGACAAAGCCUCUACUUUAUAGUCCCUGCGCCGUGUCCGAAUAAUACGAUAUCAUUGGUGGGUUUGGGGACAUUUACUAUUUUAAAUAUAGGUGGUCAUGGUGACCUGGUAGGUUAAUAGUACGGUGUUUAUGAAUUAUUUUAGGUACAACAGUUGUGAAAUAAAUAAUUCCAUUUUAGAUUCUGAGCGGAGAGCGGAAUGUAUUGGUUUUACAAUGAUGUUUCUUUUUCCGUGAACAACUUUUCCAUCAGAAAUUUCGCUUAGAUUUUCAAGUGUAGCAGCUUUUCUGAAAGGAAAUCUUCGCGGUGUUGUACUUCAGCGGUUUAUUUUCUGUUAAAAUUCCGAAAUGAGCUCACGAAUUACCACUACAUUAAAAUAACGAUAACACGGUAUUUCAACACGCUAUUUUAUAUCGGCUAAUCAGAAAUUAUUCUUCAACUGUGCAAUCCAAACCAUUCAAUGAGAGCAGCAGACACGGUACUGGGAUUACAGAGGCUUUGUAAACACGCUUCUGGAUGGGCCGAUUUCGAUAGACCGAGACACUUUUCAGGACGGUAAUACUAAUCUCGAUGUAAAAGUAGCUGAACCCAUUUGUGUGUACAUAAUCCAUACGGGAUAAAACGUACGAAGGUAUGGUAGAAAACGUUUGCUUAUGAGCUAAUCAUAUGUAUCACAUCAGGAACAUUCGUUGAAUUUAAUUCGUUUUCAGAGAAAUUAAUGCAAUUACCUACUUUUAUUUGUAUGGAACAGUAAACGCGAACUCGUUCAUUGUUCGCCGGGAUGCGAAUGAAAAUGACAGAAUUGCAAAAAAAAAAAAAAAUACAACGUAAUAUACGUGGGACAUGUGAAGUAUUUACAUUUUAUUACGAAAUUUUGGUAAAAAACGUUUUUUACUUUAGCGCACUCGGAAGGUUGCAUUGCGCAUUUUUCAUGAACGUGAAUGCGGAACGCGUUCGUUGUUAUAAAAACCAAGGUGACAGCUGACCUCGCUGAACCCUUUUUGCAUUUUCACGAUUCUGCGGCCGCCGUCGCGAAAGAACAAAACCGUUGUCGGUACGGUGUGUUCACGCGAUAUCGCGCGGCGCGGUCCGAACGCCGACACAGUCCGUCGUAUCCCCGGGGAUGUUUUACCUGUGCCGCGACAAAGAAACGUCGGAUUUUUAUUCCGACGAUUGCGAAUCGGUUUUUUUUUGGCGAACGUGCGCCACGCGAAUGUGUCCGCGAAUCAAAAUGCGCCGCGGUCUCGCCCGCAAUGUCAGUACGAUUAUCAUUUGUUAUCGCGUCGCGUAAUGUAAAACACGCCGUUUGGUCGCGUUUGCCCGCCGGUCACCGUGAACGUAUUUACGCGAACACACACACACACAUACACACACACACACACAUACACACACACACACACAUACACACACACACUCACAUACUUACACACACUCACACACAUACACGGCGGCCCACUCGAUUUCGCGUAUGUCCCGCGGCGAGCGUUUCGCGCGUUAGGCGCGCCGGCGUCACGAUACUUAUUAAGUGGCGUCCGCAUGCCCGAGCGUAAUUGUGAAGUCCGGGCCGAGCGCAUUGAGACCAUUCACUUUAAAUCACGUUCGCGCUGGAUUUUCUUUAUUUUUACAAGCAUCCGUAUUGAUAACGGAACAAUAUACGAAAGCGAACAGCAGUUCGAUGUAAGAAAUCCAUGUCGAAAGAAAAAGAACUACAAAACGUAACGGCGAUGAAACGGAUACGUGUGAGACUUGGCGGUCAAAAACGUCAGCGAAUUCUUUUACCUGCGAUGACUCGGAAGCGAUACCGAGGUUCUUCGUCUCGAAUAAGUUUUUUUAAGUAUAAAUUAUUCUAAAAAAAAAAAAAAAAACCCCAAAACAAGUCAUGAUGAGGUCGACGCUAACAUACUGGUGUUAAGCGCUGGCAAAGGGAAAACCCCAGGAGCUCGGAGGAGAAAAUUAAAACUGAAUUUAUUAAGGAACUAAGAAUUGUUUAUGACCAUAAAUGAAUAAAUGACUCCGUGAAAGGAGACGAGCAUGCGACGGGAAAUUACUUGCGGAACUUGCGCGUUAUGGAAGAAGUAUUGAUGGAACGGCAGUGUACAUGAACGGAGAGAACUGAGAAGUAUGAUACACAGUUCAGAAUCGUGGCGAGGGGGAGGGGGAUAAUGAUGGCUUCAAAAACUAUUACCGAGGCAUUAAAUUCCAAUAGGAGGGGAAAAAGUACAAGUUUAUAGUGACGAAGGAAAGCGUAUCUCAAGUAUCAGAGUUUUCAGAGUUUAUUAAACGGCCGUUAUCGUUCACACUCGCGGAAGUCGCGACGUGCUGCUAUGGCUUUUUUCUUCUCGCAUGCGGCUCGUUAUAUUUAAAUUCAUACGCCGUGGCCGUUAAAAAAUGCUUACCUAUGCUUUCGUUCGUUUUAAAUCCGUCUUCUCGUUUAUAGCGACUUUGUGUUUAGAUAAAGAAUUUAUAUGUUUUUAUACAAACUCGUAUAGUAUUAUUAUGUUUAGACCGAAACCGACGACGCGCAGAGGCGUGGGCGAUCAUAAACAAUACUUAUUAUUAUUUAUCGGCCGAUCGGACUGCGCGUGUAUAUAGAUUAUAUUAUACGAUUAUAACAUAUAGAGGAGUAGAUCAAAAAUAUAAAAUACAAAAAAAAAAAAAAAAUACAAAAAAUUAAGAAAAAACUACUCGUAUCGUUUUAUUUUAUUACACCAUCGUCGUCGCUGUGGCAGUGCGCUUCUUUAUGUAUUAUAUUGUAUACUUACGAGCGAAUAUACCGCACGUAGAUAGCGUGAUUUACGACGGGGAGAAAAAUAUCCGAUAUCUCCGCACUAUCACCUUCCCUCGCCAUUAUUAUUAUACCGAUAUUCCCGAGCGCGAAAAAAAUAAAAAACGAUUUUCCCGGAUAUUGGACAGCGCGUUUAUCGACGACGAUAAUGUCGCGUCGUGCGUUCACAAGCCGGUGCGGUUCAUGUUAUAAUAUUAUCGAAUCGAAGAAAACUCCUAACGCACCCCGUACGAUUUUCCGAUGGUACAGAUACGAUACCGUUGAAACGAUACGCGUUUCGGGGGCGUAUUUUCGAGGAGAAACGACUCUUGCCACACCCACUACAUUCACUCCCCUGCAGUCUCUUGAAAAUUUAAAAAAUUUAUUCUCAUCUUAGCUACGCGACGGCGGCGGAGACGCGGAAAUCAAUUUAUUUAUCAAAAAAAAAAAUGAUAAGUGAUAAAUUAUACGGUCCCGGAAAAUACGGUAUACGAAUAUCUACGAUGCUCGAAACAAAAGCGGCGCGUAUAAUAUAUUGUUGUCAAUGCGAACGGCACGAUAACGGAUAGUUUUUACGAACCGUCAAAGGGGCCAAACUUACUGUUGUCGAAAAUUCGAUUUCAUAAAAAAAAAAAAAUGUGCCCAUAAUAUAAUAUAGGUACUUGUCAAUCGAUCAAAGCGAUUAUAUUGUACUGUUAUUUGGCCGUAAGUGGAAAAAGUAAAACGCACAGCAUAAUAAUACACCGGCGGCUUCGAAACGGUCGAGACAGUAAUACAUUCUUACAUUCUGGCCGACGAACGAAAACAAAACAAAACCGUCAUGGAUUUCGGACGGCUACGGGCGAAACGCACCGCAAAAGUCAAAAGUCGAACACGUUAUAGUUUGAAAUGUUGGGCCGGUAAACCCGUUGGACGCGAGUCUUGCACAGCAGAACGGCAAAGUCGACUAUCAUCACGAAGAGACGCAAAACCAGAGCGGAGCGAAAUUUCCGUUUUCUGUCAACCGUAGGUACCGUAAAAAUAUUCGAAAAUAAAACGUGCGAAUAAAAUCAUGGCUCCCGUCGGAUCAAACGGUGCGGAUUUCGUUUUAAACUUUACGCUUACUCGCCAAGGGUACCAGUCGCCUCGUUUCUCGACUGUGAUCGGACCGUAGUUAAAAAAAAAAAAAAAAAAAAAAAAACAAAAAUGUCAUACAUAAUGUAUACGUAUUGUAUUUUUGCGUGAAAUCGGAGGGUUCGAAAAAGGAAAUCGUCUUGUACCCACGUCGAACCCCGUGGGCACAUCGGUUUGUGCGUGGCGUGUGAAAACCUAGUAAACGUAUGGGUACAGACACUAUCUAGCAACCGUCCCGUUCUCUUAUCGUAAACCAUCUCGGCUAUUUUACCGCGCGUUUAAUUAAAACUGAUAAUUUACGUGACGUUUGAACCGCGUUUGCGUAUUAUACGGUUUUCUAUUUUUCGAUCACGUGUUUGUUUACCGUGUCUGUAAAACGUUUGUGCAUCGCUAUCGUUUUGUCUGUACACGUGCAUUAUAACAGAAUAUGUAUUGUAAUUUUCAAUUAUCUACACAAGAGAGCUUUUUCUAGUGGCCGGACGGGUUUCCUUUCGCUGCGGAUAACGAUAGCAAUAUUGGUAACGAUAAUAACACAGUUAUACGUUUAACACGAUAAAUUGUCUAUGUUUCCAAUUGUACGGAUAUCGAUAGCCGCGGCCGCGAUACGCAGGGCCAUUCAAAUGUUAUGUUACGGUUUUCAGAGUGUUACGAGAAUUUCGCUGGGUAUCCCUAUACAUGUACUCUCGUAUAAAACUGUAACGUAUAUAGUUCGGAAGACCCUGCAUCGUACACAACGAAAAUAUAGCAUUUUAUCGUAAAAUACUAUUAUAACGAAAUUUCAUUUUAUAGAUUUCUGUCGAGGCGGCGUAUCUUUACGACGCGGUUCAUUUGUAUGCGAGAUGCGUGUUGGAAAUGUUGGACCGCGGCGACGAUCCGAAAAACGGCACGGCCAUGAUAGCCAAAUUCAAAGGUUCGCAUUACAAAAGCGCAUUGGGGUAAGUACGAAACGCGUUAAAAAGUACCUAAAAAAAUAAAAUAUGUAUAUAUAUAUAUAUAUUAUUUUUAGUUGUAUACAUCUAGUUUUAUAUAACGUAAAAGUUAAGCGAUCGUAGGAGGGUGUGGUGGGAGGGGGGAGGGUUAGGGGUAGGUUAAAAAUUCGACUAGACUGCAAGAUGUUUCUAUAAAAAAAAAGAACGGCAAUAGAAAUACGUGUUUUUAAAAGUUUCGACCGUGAACGGAAACAAUUUUGCGAUCGUGAUGAUCGCGUAUAUUAUAUCGUAUUUUUUUUUUCUUAUUUAUUCUUCGCGCGAAUGACUGCGGCAUCGCGUAUCUUUGCGCGAAAAAAAAAAAAAAAACGCACGCACGUAACGAAUAAUAAAAUACGAUAAAUUUCAAUUAUAUAUACGUACCGCGAUGGAAAAAAAGUCGCAACGGACGACGAUCGAGUAGCGUGAAAAUGUUAUUACCCGUUACAUAUAUGUGUAUAAAAUAUGUAUUUUUCUCUUUUCGAGGACACCGCGUGACCCGAAAAAAUACGCCGUUGUUGUGUGCAUAGCGGCAGCGGUACAAAUGCGCGAUUUAGAAAAUAUUUAACGGCCUACGCCGGCGGUUCUCAGCAGGAGCGAUAACGCCCUCCAAUUUCGCAAAUAAAUUUGUUUUUCUUUUUUUGGGGGGGGGGGCUGCCUCCCGAGCUUACUAUGAACUAGACGUUGAAAUUAUUGGAAAUUCGGGUUUUUUCUUUGUCUAUGACUUAGCGAAUUUAAAGCGACAGUUUGACAUACAAUAGGUGGCUUUUUUAUUCGGGCUGAUUAUCAAUUUCCUGACGUUUACCAUACUAGCUUAUGGUUCGUAAUAUUAUCAUUACCCCGAUAUAGGUCAGUAAAAUUAAUUUUCGCCCGAUAAGUGAUUACAAACCCCCCUUUUUUUCCGGAUUAAUUAAUUAACCGCGUCCGAAACUUUUGGGUAAACACGUGUAAUAUUACAUAGCUGGUAAUAAUAUACGCGGAAAUUACCGGUAUAGUACUCUCGUGUGUAGUUAGAAAUGACGCACGCCCAGUUUGUACGAGGGGUCGCGUAUAGGCAGUAUUUUUUUUUUUGAGAAAAACAAAAAUGGUCAUAUUUCUAUAGAUUUGAAAACGUUCGAAUUCACUUUCAAACAAACGUAUAGCACGUAUUUAAUCCCGCGCGUCAUGCGCACAGGUAAUAUUGUUUAAUCGAGUGCGAAAUACGUUCAAAAACAUAAUAAUAAUAUUGUUAUGUUCAUUCGAAUCGCCUCCCAAAUGACCUUUUUUCACUCAAAUUGGUUCCCGUUAGGUAUUAUUUAAUGCAUCGUUGGAACACGUACUAUUGAUUGUUCUAUCGAUUUCCGUAAUGUUCAAAAAAAGACGUUCAUAGUAUUUCCGUAAUUCCCAGACAGAUAAAUUUGUAAAAUGCAAUACAUUUCGUCGAUCACUGAUUAUUAGCUGAAAAUUAGAAAUCGUAUUCAAUAUCACCAGUUCAACAUAGUCAGUUAUGUUUGUGCAACCGUAAUGCGUACAUAAUAUGGACUAAAUACACGGUGUCCCACGAAGUUAUACCCAUAAUAAUAUCCCCUGAGAUAAUAUAGAUAGUCAAAUUAUGUUUUUUUUUUUUUUUUUAUUACUUGCCAAGAUAAGGACUACACGUUAUAUUUAUAUUCAAAUUAGUUUUUUAUAUUUAGGUAAAAAAAAGUAAAAAAUUAACUUUUUAUUUUAUUAUUUUCGAAAAAUUUGAACAUUCAAUUUUAUAGAGUUUAUUUUUUUGAAAAUUUUGACGCACCAACUUUUUAUUUUCGUUGAAUUCGUGAUUUUUAAUAAUUUUUUUAAUUUUCAGAAAAAGUACCGAUAUAAUUAUGUAGCAGGCUGUUUUUGCAUUCGAUAAUUGAGUAUUAUUACUAUGGUUUAUUGACUGCAUGCUUUUUUCCUCCGAACUGUUAAAAAUUAUUGAAAACCACGAAUUUAAAUAAUAGAAAUUCAAUGCGUUAAAAUAGGGGCGUUAUUUCAGUAUUUUUUGGGAGUGUGCGAGGUGUCAAGCAGCUUGGAUAUUACAAAUAUUUCAGCAGGCCACAACAAAAUAUACAUAUUAGGUACCUAUGUAUGUCAUGCUUUUAAUUGUUUCAAUAGAUUAUGAAUCGCUAUAAACAUAUAAACACCCAGUAAAAAACUAUUUAAAGUCUAAAAAAUUAUAUAUAAUUGAUAUUUUGCCUGUGAAAACCAACGAUUAAGGCAUACAAAUAUGAAACUUUGAAGAUGGAAUGUGCUAUACAAAAAAAAUAAUAAAAGCAAACACUUUAGUGUAUAUUGUUAUUCGUAAUUUUUGCACAAGUAAACGCUCCAAAAAAAAAAAAAACAAAUUAAUUAUAUUUAUAUAAGAUGAUAUAGGUAUUGAUGAUUUUUAAGUUCAGCAAAUACAUCUACAUUUUUCUCUAAAUCGAUAUUAUUUACUUUUUUUUCCACAUUUAGCACCAUAAGAUAGCAGCAAAUAAUCGUCGCCCAUGAAAGUGUGUAAAUAUGAUUUUGCAUUUUCAAGCAAUGAAAAAACCUUUCGUUUGACGCCAUUGUAAUUGACAAAGUUCAAUGUUUCCUCAAUAGCAACCCUUAACCGUUUAACCGCAAAGUCGUCCAACUUUUUACCGUGCAUAAGUUCCUUAUCUCUGUCUCUGUAUUCUCUAGGUAUAAAGUAUGUCCGGGAGAUUAUAAACUACACGAUAGAUUCAUUGAUAGCGCGAUAUUUGUUUAUUGACGGUAAAAUACCAAUAUUGUUAAUGUAAAAAUAUAAUUUAAUUUUAAUUUAAUUAAAAAACGGUGCAUUAUUUCAUCAGGCCAAUCGGGACCAUUUUAAAAGUGAAGGGUGCAACCGCACACCUCGUUCUCCCCCCCUCCCAAAUGACGCUCCUGCGAUAAAAUUAUAAAAAAAAAAAUAAACUCUAUUCUAUACAUUUUAGAUACGUAAUAUUUAGCGCAAGCGAAUUUACUGGUCUUAAUCUCGUAUAUACUUAACGAAUAUUUUUUUUAAGUAUAAAGCGCCGUGUACAAUUUCCAGUUUACGUGUAGGUGGACAUUGAUGUAAUGAAUGCACGUCUCACAUAGAUAUUCGGUUAAUAACGGUACUAGUCCGAUUGUGAUUGUAUUAUAGUUCAUAAAUAUUACGCGGAGGCCCUCGGGUGACUUAGUGGUCGGCAAUUUAUUAUUUUUCUCUAAUAAAAUACACCAUUUGUACUCACUUUUCAGUUCUGUUUCGUUUUAUUAUUAUUAUUAUUUUUUUUUAAUUGCAUUUAGUAAAUCGAGGUAUCUGCAACGGUUUUUUUAUUGUACAAUUGUUCGUGAUAUAAUGUUAUAAAUUGUAAAACGAUAAUAUCUCUCGACGAAGGAUAAUGAUUUAUUUCCAACUUGAUUUCUAUUUGUUUCGCUCCGGUCGUCAAUCGUCGUAACAAUAAUAAACGAAAUAUAAUUGUUUAAAAAAAAUGAGAUUUCUUAUUUUUUCGAGGUUCACUAGGUACCUACUGCUGCACUCGUCGCGUCGACUUCAAUUUCAAAUAAGUCUUUUAGGAAUUUUUUCCACCCGUUUCUCUCUUUGGAAAACAAACGAAUUGUAUUUUUAAAAGAUCGUUUUUAUUCAUAGUUAUGAUAACAACAAAAAAAUAAAAAAAAUAUUAAAAAACAAAAUACUGUAAUAUAAAUUAAGUUGCAUGAUAAAUCAUCAUAAUAUGUACAAAGUAUCACGUGUUAGUAUUAAUGCUGGACAUUCGGAUAAUUGGGAUUUAUAUCAUAUCAUAAUGUACACAUUUAUUUCGUAUUAGUUUUUUUAAAUGUAUGCCGUUAAAUGAAAAAUUAAUAAUUUUUAUAAUACGUUUUUUUAUUAACCCAAAUUUUAACAAGAGGAUAUUUUGACGGCUUUCUGAAUAUUGUCAAAUUUUGUAAAAUUAUUACCUUAAUUACUAAUUACUUCCCUAAUAGUAAAAAAGUUUCACUUAAUAUACUGCUCUAUUUAAGGGGAAAGGGUUCGAAUAUUGUGUUGUACAAAACUGUAGGAAUUGCGUUUUUGAAAACGUAUUAUUCUUCUUUAGGUUAUUCACUGGAAUACGUAUUGGAAUUGGUUUUUAUAUUUAAAUUAUCUUUAUUACAAGAGAUAAAAGACAAUACGUAAUAAUACCUAUUAAGUAAAUUUAUUAUUGAGCAUCUUUCAAAAAUACAAUCAAAUCUCUUUACGAUUUCCAGUAAAAUAAUUAUAUUUUUAUUUCCUUCAUACCCUAGUAUAAAGAACCUAAAGAAUCAUUUUCAAAAAUGAAAUCCGUCGAACACACAGUUUCAGUAGUUUUUAUCGGGCCUUUACGUCUUUAGGGAUUUAGACAUAAUAAUAAAUAGAUUGCGCUUUUUUCGUUCCCAUUCGUAUAUGACGUUCGUGAAAAAUAUUGAGUGUGAAUGAUAGCGACAGUCGUGGAAAAUCAUUUAGACGGAAUUAUUUCUAUAUUCUCGUGACGCCGUGCAAUUGUUUAUGUAUAUCCGUAGGGCCAUAGAUAUAUUAAUGGGCUGAUAGUUAUACGAACACGAUUGUAGAUAGAUAAGUAAUGCAAAUUUCAUGGUGUGAUUAAAAAAAUCGAAUCAUUUUUCCAUGAUUAUUCCCAACCAGCACUAUUUGUCUCAUUCAAAAUCGGUUCACCGUUUUCUCCCUUAAGUGCUGUCUUUAUAAUUAUUAUUAUUACUAUGAUUUAAAUCGACCGAAGUAUACACCAUCACCGAUCCCUUUAUUAUAGAUUUACUAAUAUUUCUCGCUACAUUAAUUAUUUGAGUAUUUCUACAAGCGAAGUGACGAUAAUGUUACAGAUACGAAGUUUACAUGGACGAAAAUGGCGACGCUGAAGGAAACUACACGCUGGUGUCGCGGCAGAAGCUGCCCAGCAAUUUCAAGGGUUCUUACGGUUUGUUACCGGCCGGCAGAUUCGCCAAACCACGAAAUUUGACCAAAAAUCCGGUAAAUCGCUUUUUUUGUCAUUUUUUGCGCGCAUCUUAAUAUAAUUCAACGAUAAAUUAUAAUUAUUGUUGUACGCAGGAGUUGACCAUGGUGACGAACAUCCGAUGGAUAGGCGGGAAACCGCCGGUGGCCGAACCCGAUUGCGGAUACCGCGGCCAAAAAUGCAUCAGUAAUAAGAUAACACCUAAUUAUUGUUAGAUUGAUGAAUACACGUGACCAUCUAAUGUAUUAUAAUUAUUUUAGGCCUUUAUUUUCGACUCGUUCAUCACUUUUGAUUUUUGAUUGAAAUUAAAUUGGUAUGAUUGUUACCGAACAUGUCGAUACACUAGACUAUAGUUCAUUUCUGCCCCGAAACUUCUGUAAACGUUCUUGACGAGUUAUCAAGUAAAACGCGGUUUUAGAUUUUUUUCAAAAUUUUUUUCUCUGAAAAUUAUAACGGAGGUUUUAUCACGAUUGUUUAGAUUACGAUAAUUUUCUAAGUACAACAUAAACUCAAUUAUUAUUAUUUUUUCAUCUUCUAACGAGUUUCGCUUUCCAUAACACUAUCCUUUCCAAAGAAACUUGCCGCCGUCUUUACCUCUGUUUAACCAUAUACCUCGUAUAUAUACCUAUAUAGCUCCAAUUCGUUUUUGGUUUCAUCUGUCUUCCUCGAUAACCGUUUUGGUCGACGAGUUAUUCUUUUUUUCUCCGCGAUCGUUCUGAUUUACACCAUAGUUUUCGUAUUUUUUUUUUUUUCUACAAUGUCCUUAUAUAAUCUCUAUACCCGGAGUUUUUGACUCGCGUGAACAUAGAAGUCAAAGUGAAUCCUAAGGAAACUACCGAUAUCGAUUUCGAAAGAAUACCCAUACUCGGAUAUUGUUAUUCCAAAAUAUAAUAACGAAACGCGAUAUUAUACUUUUUAUUAGGGUUAAGAUGUGACUUUUCGUGCUUUUUUUUUUUUUAUUCAUUUAUUGUCCUAUUGAAUGGAUUUUUGAACAGAAAUAAUUAAUUUUACGAUUUCUGUAUUAUAAAUAUCUAACUUAUAUUUACCAUAUACUUGAUUAUUUUGGUUUUCAGUUUUCAUUUUUGAACACAUAUUUAACCAUGAUAAUUCAACAAUAAUAUUUAUAAUAAAUCGGUUCUCCGAUUUAUUCGAUAAUUUGUUAUUUCCAUUAUUGGUUUCACGCAUAUUAUUCGUUACACGAUUAUUAUUAUUUUUUUUUAACACCGUACUAUAAUACGCGUUUUGCAGCGCACACGGCGGAAAUACUGUCGAUCGUGGCGGGCACGCUGCUGUUGGUGCUGGCCGUCGUUUCGCUGGUGUUCUACCGGAACUGGAAGUACGAACAAGAGCUGGACAGCCUGCUGUGGAAAGUCGACUACAAGGACAUCGAGAUCAACGACACGGAAAACAGCAGCACCUCGUCCAAGAUAUCCAGAGUGAGCACCGGGGACUGCGCUGACGAUAAUAACUGUCGUCGGGACGAUACGUUACCGGAAACCGCCGCCGCCGGUGUUGUCGUCGAGGACCCGGUGUCGUGUUCCCCGGGGGGGUCGGUCGACUCGCUGCUUCCGCGGUGAAAAAAAAAAUAUAAAAAAUAAAAAUACCCGCCGCGAACCAUCGCGAAUCCGCCUGUAAAACAAUACCGCGCGGGUCGCAACACAUUACCGUCGCAAUGUCCGUACAACACAAUAUGAUAACAUACAGAGGAGUCCGGUCCGGAAAUAGGUAUUGCGAGUAACCGUAUGGCCGCAGAGACGCGAUUCGUUUUGAGUUCCGAAAUCCCACGAUAUUACAGUACAAUAAUAGACGCCUACGUAACCAUAUGCGUGUAUAAUUCCCGAAGUCUCCGAGUGUAGGACUUAUUUUCGCCUUCGAAACCAUGACGAGUCCCGAAUAUUUUAACGUAAUCGUGCAUCGAAAAAAAUUUAGUUUCGUUUUAUUUUAUUAAUAUAUAAGCAUCUAGUUUUUUUUUUUUUUUUUUUUUUAUUUAUUUUUACUAUUUUAAUCCGUAAAACGAUAUCAAUUAUCCUAUACGAUUUAAAAAAAAAAAAAUAUAUAUUAUUAUGUCUUUCUAUAGAUAUAUACAGUCAUUUAGCGAGCGCCGCGGCACGAACAUUCAACAUUGUAUACAAAUAUUACGUUUUUAUUUUCGGUUGUGUGUACACUAUAAUAUUAUUAUUUAUUUAAUUUUGAAUAAAUAUACGUUUUUUUUUUUUUUGUCCGUAAAUAUUUUCUAGUCUGGUUGAUAAAAAAUAAAUACUGUAAUGUUUCAAAUCAAUAAAUAUUAUUUCGCGUCGUAAAUAAAAUCGCAUCAAUACUAAAAAUAAAAAAUAAAAAAAAAUCGCUAUUGACUAUGUCGUUUGUCAUAAAAUCAUUUUUUUUUUUAAACGUCUAAUUGCGUGAAAGUAUUUCCGAAAGAAUUAUUUUCGUUUCGAUUUAUUUAAGGUUUUUUUUUUUUUUCAUAAGUGCUGUUGCAUCUUAGAUUCUGAGCACGGCAAGAAAUUGUUUAUUGGCUUUAAGAAAUGAUGUUUUUUUUUUCUGAAUGUCUGUCAAGUGUAGCGUUUUGUCGGUGCAAUUAUAUGAGGUCUUUUUUGUUUUUUAGUUCCCUCGCAAUUUGCAUACCGAUGAGAGAAAAUGAGCGAAUUUACGCAAUAACGGUUAAAUUUUCACUAACAAAUGUAUUUUCGGUCUUUUAUCGAUUUGUUGUUAUUUUCAAAAACAAUCUGACAAAUAUUGAGCUAUAUUUAUAAAUAUUUGUAACGUUCGGAUGGUUAAGGUUUUUAUUUGAUUUUAUGUGAAUACGUUUUUUUUGAUGUGUUAAUAAUAACUCAAAUGUUUUUUUACGGUAAAAUGCAAUUAUUGAAAAUUUGUGUUUUCAAUUUUUUUUUUUUUUUUUUAAAUCGUCUUAAGGGUCAAAUUCGUAUAAAAUUUGUCAAAAAUUCGGUAUUUACUAUUUUCAAACUUUAUGCUAUCAAUAAUUUUUCAGCCCAGAUAAAAUGAUCGGAAUUGUGACACAAGGUCCGUUAUAAAUUAUAAUAAGUUUUUUUUUAUUUUUUACAAAAGAUAUACGGGCUUGAAGAAAUGGAAAAAAAAAUCAGAACGGAAUAUAGUCAAUAUUUUAUUAUUUUUUUUUAUAAGCGUAUAAUAAAGGUUCAAAUUCGUGUGAAAAUCGUUAAUAUCCUCGGCAUUUCGAAACAUCGUCGACUCCGCCGAGAAUCGUUUUUCGUUAACAAUCUACAAAAUAUUUCAGUGUAUUUGAAAUGUGGUUUUCGGAGAACCGAGAUACAUAUUUUCAGGUAAAUUUAAGUUUUUAACCUUUUCGGUAUUCCACGCGUACGCAAUAUAACUUACUUUUUUUAAACGGUAACACCGUUUUUUUCUUACAGAUUCGGUUAAAUUAUUAUUUUUAAAGAAUUUGUAUGUAAAAAGCUUUUUCUAAAUACGAAAUGGUCAAAUUUAUUGUAUAUUGAAACUUAAUAUUUCUGAAUAAUCGGUUUUUGACUAAAUAUUAAUUAUAUGUUCAAGUCAUAUUCGAAAAUCGAAAUGAUAUCUCCGAUAUUAAGAAAUACCUAUUUGUAGACAGAUAAGACAUAAAUAAAGAUAAACACUUUUUAUUUUUAUAAUUUAAUCUCAUUCAUCUAACCUGAGUGAGUCCCCCCAAAAGGGGGGAAAGACGUGGCAUCUACCCCCCUAGACUUCAAAAUUUCAUCUAUAUUGUUAAUAAUUAAUUAAUAUAAUUUUGUUUCAAGUAUUUUUUAGUGUUUGAUAUUAUUAUGCCCCUCCCUGAUGAAUUCCCUGCGGGCACCCAUGCUGAGUGGCUGGUCAUCGGCGACUUUCGUCAAUAUUUAAAAUAAUAAAUCCGGUUUGCAUAAAUGUAUUUUCUAAAUAAAUGUUGAUAAAUUAUUUUCACUGACUAGUAAUAAUUGUUUUAAUAAUUUUAAACUAGUCUUGUGACAAUUUUUAUUGUGUCACAUCAGGUUUUUAAAUAAAAAAAUCGAACUUCUUUUGAUUUUUGGCUAAUGUAACCGCCGUGCUCGACAAUCAACUCGGGUGUACGUAAAUCGGUGUCCAGAUAGAUUUCGCCCACCUCACAAUUAUCCCCUCAGACCUUUUAUAGAUUAAAUGAAAACUGUCAAUCUCCUAGCAAUCAAAAUCAAUAACGGCAGCCUAGACCGAAUAAUUUGUAUGAAGACACUAAACUUCAGGUAGCUAAUGACUUGCAUACGUGCUUAUCCACGUUCAUCAAUAAGACACGUAUCUCGAAAAAUUGGUUUGUCAGUUGGUAUAGUAUAGAAAUUGGUAAAUUGAAAACAAAUAAGUGUUUAUUUGUGUCUUAUCUGUCUGACAAACAGGUAUUUCACAAUAUCGGAGAUAUUUCGAUUUUCGGUUAUAAGCUAAACCCAGUUAAAAUUUAAUCAAAAACAGAUCCGUAAAUAUUAAAUUUCAAUAUACUAUAACUUUUCAAUUGGAAAAAAACUUUUUGUACGAAAAUUUAAAAAAAAAAAAAAUAAUAAAAAUAAUAAUAAUUUGUCCCGAAUCUGUAGAAAAAAAAAAAUGGCGUUGCCGUUGAAAAAAAAGUAAGUAUUUUACACAGGGUUAACAAUUUGAAAUUUGCCUGGAAAUGUGGUAUUUCGGUACUCCCAAUCAUUACUCGAAAAUCGGCUGAAAUAUUUUGUGGUACCUCUUAGCGUAGGAACACUGUAGUCUGUAGGACGUGUGUACUUAAAUAUUUUUAUUUUUUUUUUUUCAAGUAAAAUCGACCGCGCGACGUUAAAAUUAGCUAUAUACGAUUGUAAAGCGUUUCGUAUUCUAGUACAUUAACACUAUUAUUGUUACUAUUAUUGUACAUUCGUCGAUGAACACAGAAAUAGAAGCAAACGUUAUAAUAAAAGUUUAUACACCGUACGUCGAGGGGGGAAUGAGGGGGGGGGAGGAGGUUGAUUACAUGUGCAUCUCACGGCGCUUAUUCGCAUUUUGGACCGUAUCCAUAAAGUUUACGGGCACCGAACGGAAUUCCCUUCGGGCCGUUACAUUACGGCUUCGGCGGCGAAAGUUUACGACGACGCCGAGGAAAACGGUGUCGAGUUGACGGUGUGCCGUCACCACGGCGUACGCAAUAUUAUACGGAUCGUUGUUGUUAUUAAUUCGGACGAAUUUUUUUUUCAUUAUUAUUAUUAUUUUUUAUAUUAAUUUACCACGCGUUUCCCCCGAGUCGGAAUUGAAUCGAAUUUAUUCCCGAUGAACUCUCGGUUUCCCAUCAUCGGUAAACGUUACAAAUUAACGUCGUAAUUCUCUCGUAUCAAAAAUAUGAAUUUCAAAUGUGACGCCUAUAUUGGAUUUUUUAUCAAAUAUAAAACAUUUUUAUGAGUUGGAGUUUUUAUUUUUAGAUAAAAUAAAAAUAUAUAUAUGCAUCUAUAAAAUAGACGAACUAUGGGGGCUCUAGUAUUUUUUUUUUUUAUUGUACAUAAGACAUCAACCACUUAGGUUAUUAUCUAGAGAAACAUUAAAACAAGAUUGUGUUAUUACAUGUCACAUAAAAGAGAAAAAGGAGACAAAUAAAAUAAAAAUGAAAAUACGAUUUUGUUAUAGAUUUUUUUAUAUCCAAAUCUAUUUGUGAAACGAAUUUUAAUAUGUUUGGGGUAUUGCGUUGGUUUCUGAUGAUGAUGAAUUGCUUAGGAGAUGAAUAUUAGGGGCUCGAGUAAGAGUAAUUAUUACCGUAAAAAAAAAAAAAAAAAUACUUAAUAAUUUUGAACGGAACAAAAUGUAAUACUUUUGUCAGAUCUUCGUGAGACACCCGGUAUAUUGAUUAGAGUUAAAGAACACCCGGUCAACUAUUCGUGUGCAAAUUAUGACGACAACAGUGAUAAUAAGUCCGCUUCACUUACUGUUCAGGGCUGUGCUAAGCAGCGGGGAAUAAAAUGGGCAACUGCCCUAAAGUGUCGGAGAUUUAACGCAUGUACGAGGUGUAAAAUUUUAAUCGGAUACCUAUCAAGUUUAGGCACUAAACAUGACGAGCGCUCUACGACGCUGAUGAUAUCACGGGUAUUAAUGAAUGACAAUUAGAGAUGGGCACCAUCAAGUGGAAACUGUCGGACCACUUGACAGUUCAAACUAUCUAUUUAUUAGACUAUUUGUAAAAACUAUCGACUAUACUAGCUAUCGAAAAAAUCUACUAGAACAUUCGAAAGUGUAAUUUUUAACUAUUGAACAGUAAUAUCAACUAUUGUGUUAUCCCUUAUUGUUAUUUCGUAAUUUGUUAUUCUCGUUUUCUACAACAGUAAUGUUAUUAGUGUGUUUUAAUUUCAUUAUACCAAUUAUUUGUAUUUAUUAUUUUUUUUUUUAUUAGCAAAUACCAAUGUCUAUUCCAAAGAAAAAUGCUUCUCUUGUUUUGUAACUUUUUUGAAAGGACCCCUGACCCAGCCAAAUUCUAUGUAUUUUAUCGAAAACACACACUCGGUUGUUAUGAAAUAAGUCGGUGCCAAUACUAUUGAAGAAAACUAUCGACUAUCUAUUUUAUUGAUAACGUCAUCUAUUCCAUUGAUAAUUCACUCGGAUGUUUGUUAAACUUUCGAUUGACAAUGGAUAAUCAAAACUCGUCGGUCCCGCCCGUCACUAUGAUAAUAAUAAUAUCAUUAAUUGGUAUCACAAAAUUUUAGUGAAAAGAUUCUUAUCUCAACAAAUACGGCGGAAAAUGGUUGCAUUAAUAUUAAAUGCAAGUUAGAAAUCGAUAGUAUAUUAUACAGAGGCGUAAGUAUAGAUUAUUUAUUGGCGGGAGGAGGAGGGUGCUGAUUACCGAUUUUUUUUUAAUAAGAGUGAAUUGAGAGUUGAACAGAUUAUUGAGCAUCAGUUAUAAUUUCGAUGUAAACGGCGGUUUAGUUUCUUAAACCCCUUUCUCUUUACAUACGCCCCUGAUAUUAUACUAUAUUAUAUCAUAUUAUCUGUGUAUUUAUCAUAUUUUAAUAUAGCGUUGCUCAUUUUGUCGACAAAAAUGUUCGUAUAAAUUUUAGAGUAUAAUUGAAUAAUAAAAUGUUUUUUUUUUAUUUCUGGAGAGUCUCGAAAUGAAAAUUUUAUCACCUAAUAUCAUCUAAAAAUGGACCGCUAUUUGUAUUAAAUAUCCACGAAAUGUUUGUUUUGAACACAAUAAUAUUUUCAAAUCAAUAACAUUAAAAACACGAUAUAAUUUUUUCUUUUUUUUUUGAUGAAAACGAUAAAUAUUCAAAAACAAAUAAUAUCGUAUACGAUCUAUACUCGUCCCUCCGACUUUUCAUCCGCGUAAACUAAAAAUAUAAAUAACCGAAAUGUCUAACGCAAUCUAUAUUUCGCGUGACGCAGUAGUUACCUGAAAUAAACGGUAUUAUUUUACCAGGCAUUUUCCGGGUUUUACGUAAAACGACUAAAGGGCGUGAUCUAGUGUACUUUAAACGCACUAUUGUCUGACAGAUAAAUACCAUCUCUACGCGGUCGACUCGAAAGUUAUACCGCAUCGAAUAAACCGUUAGAUGGCAGCACAAUAUCCUACGCAUUUAAUAUUACCUAUCUAUGUAUUUAAUACAUAGAUAAAUACAUAUUAAUAAUGAACACGUUAUUUUUAAAACGUUCUUAUCGAUAUUUUAACCGCGUAUUUUUAUUUUAUUUUCCUUAAGGCUUUGCAUCCACUGAUCAGGACUAGUCAAGUGUCGUUGAGCUCUAACCCGGACGCGGAUUUCCGUUAUUCAUCAAUAUUCACCACGGUCGGCAUUUACAAAGGUCGCGUGUUCGCCAUCAAAAACGUGAAAAAGAAAUCCAUCGACAUCACCAGAGCGAUGAAAAAAGAACUCAAAGUGGUAAGUCACGCGUUUUAUUUUUGAGAUAUUUUAGUAUACUUAAGUAAUACAUUAUAUCCGGGGAGAUUUAAGAGAACAGCUUUAGCUUUCUUAAGUCACCGCCGUCCAAAUCUCUCCCCAACCUCAUUCCAAUAACGAUAUCACCCGAUGCCCCAGCUGUGGAUGUAUCCCAGUUUUGAGAGUGAGGGGGAAAUUUCAUUCUACAGUGGCUAUGGGGUAUUAUUACUUAAGUAUCUGAAAAUCGCCGCUUCCCCCACGGUGGCUUCCACUACCGCAUCGCUCACAUUAUUUGUUGUAUGCGAGUCGAACAGAAUUGUUUGACGUUGAUUCCGAGAAUUUCUCGACGACGAGAAAGUAAACAGCAAUCAGAUUUUUCUGUUUAAAAAGGGGGCGGAGAAAUGGGUUCCGCCCUAUAUAGCUGAUAUCGAAAAAUUCUCCAUAAAACUUUAAUUCACAAACCGUUUACUAUACAUAAGCCAUAAAUAAUUGUAGUUUUCCAGUGUUAUUUACUUUUCAGUUCGUUUUAUAAGCAUUGUUUUUAAGAAAAUAUUAUCAUUUUUUUCAUUAUAUAUUCGGGAAAAAUAACAUUUGAGCAAAGGUACUCGGGAAUUGUGGUUUUGGGGAAUAUUCUAUUCGAAAAAAACAAUAUUAAGGAAAAAAGCUGUUCGGGAGAAAUACCGGGAUUUUCUUUCAAUAUUAUCUCAAUGUUUCGGUUAUAUUUGCAGAUGCGAGAUUUAAGACACGAAAACCUAAACGGAUUUAUUGGCGCUUGCACGGAUCCACCGAACAUAUGUAUCGUGACCGAAUAUUGUAAUCGAGGUAGCUUAAAGGUACUGUGAAUCAAUGUAUUUUUAUUAGGUAGUAGUCUAGGUUUAAAAUAUGUGUAGUUCAACCGAUUUGCUGACAAAUAACAAUUUUUUAUUAUAUUUUUUUUUUUUAGUAUUUUUUCGAACGAAUUUUUUUAGAAAAAAAUUGCUUUUUAGACAAUAAUAAUAAUAGGGAAUUCGCUGUGUAAAAUGCCAUUCGAAUUCGAGCAUGGUAAAACCAAUGAAAAUCUCGUUUUAUUAAGUCAUAUUAUCGUCAUGCUAACUAUUAUCCCUAGUUCGUUGUUGUUAAUUUCCCCCCUAGUAACUUACCCUAAAUUUUUGUUGAUAAAGUGUUUACCGAGAUACUUAGGAUCGAAAUUUGCAUCCUUAUUGCCGUACGUGUAAGAUAAAAAUGCAUUUUCGAAAUUCCGAAUAACAAUACUUUUUAGCACUCGCAAAGCAAUCUUAUUAUUUUACACCCCUGCACGCGACCGUUUCAUAGACGUCUGCAUUUUAUUCACGAUAGUACUUCCGCUAUUUCGAAAGCUUUUAAACCGGUGAUUUUAUUCAAACAACGUAAUUUAUUCAAUACGAUUUUUCCGCAUUUAGUUUUAAGUCAGCUGACGUUAAAAAAAAAAAAAAAAUUUAUAUUUGAAUCAAUUUUUAUUUUUUAUUUUUUUUUUUUUGAAAACAAACUCCGUGAUUCGAUUAUUGUGAUACAAUAAUUAUAAUGCACGAAUAGAUUACGUACGGAAAAUAAAACAAAAUUUGACCGUGGCUUAUUUCACAUCGAAAAACGAUUUCGUUAUUCUAAUAAGUAUACUCGCGAUUCUCGAUUGUUAACGUGUCAAAAACACACAGGCAGACAAACAUAAAGAAAAAUGUAAUUUCCGAUGAGAGGGCUGGUAGAUAACGUAUUUUUUUCUCAACAGAGUAUUCGGAAAAAUAAAAAAUAAACGCGUUUUUCAAUUACAGGACAUUUUGGAAAACGAAGACGUGAAAUUGGAUAACAUGUUUGUCGCGUCGCUGGUAGCCGACAUAAUUCGGGUAACUAUUUAUUCGUUACCGUCGUAUAAAAAGUGAUUAGAGCGGUGAGGAGGGAACGAGAGGAGACGGGGUUCCCUUCUUAUUCGAUAGGUAAAAUAAUCCGCGUCUUUUAGCUUAAGUCUUUCGGCAAGUCCGGGAAGGCGCUUCGGUUAUUGCCACGGAGUUCAUUCUAACGGAAUCUUAAAAACUCGAAUUAUUUCUACUAAAAACGAAUUCUUUAAUGUACAUAUAUUUUGGAUUAAAUAGCAUACAUAAUCGAGUUCUGUUUUAUUUCAUUUUUAACGAGCAUUUAUAUAUUCAAAUAUAUUCAUACAUUCAUUAUACGCGUAUAUCCGGGAGGCGGCAUGGGAGGGUUCAGUUUAUUUUCAAACUCUAUUAGCAUAAUAUUUUGACGAACAAACGUGCGUGGUGGAAUAACACGCCGGAAGAUUUGUCUCCGUAAUGGGCUUUCGGAGAGUUUGGUCGAUUUCGGGCGAUUCCCGGGGGAACUCGAUGUUCAGUAAAUAUAUUAUUGUUCUCUUUGGACGUUUUUUCUAUAAUCGCGCGCAUUGCAGGGCAUGUUGUAUUUGCACGACUCGCCUUUGAAGUAUCACGGGAAUCUGAAAGCGUCCAACUGUUUGGUGGACUCCAGAUGGGUGUUGAAGCUCACCGAUUUCGGUCUCCAAGAGUUCAAAAAAGAAUCGGAAGAAUUCCCGCAUCAUUUCUUGCAGCACGACUUCCGGCUUCAAAAGGACGACGAUGUCGAUUGCAAGUGCGAAGGUGCGUACGCCGAUAAUCGACAAAUUUACUUUACACGCGUGCGCAGCCGUAUAACACAUACCGGCGAAUCUAUUAUAUUGUGAUCGGACUGAUUUUUUAUUUAUAUUUUUUUUUUCCCCGCUGUAUCGAUACGGUGAAUAAUAUACACUCGUGUACGCGUCUAUUAUACGCAUUCAAAUCGUAAAACUAUUGAUGUAUACCUUCCGCCAGCGCAUAUAAAUUACUGUCGUCGGUAAAUAAUACAUAACCUCUUUACAGGACUUUUAUACAUCUCGCCGGAGCUGUUGCGCUGCUACAAUUCUUCCAUUCAAACGUCGUUCGGGACUCAGAAGGGGGACGUGUAUUCGUUCUCCAUUAUCCUGUACGAACUGCACAGCCGUAAAGGUCCUUUCGGCGAAAACCACGGGUUAGGCGUGUCGGACAUUUUGAGAAAAAUUAUUUAUCAUCCGCAAGACGGUUCGAAUCCUUUUAGGUAAAAAAAAAAAAAAAAAAAAAAAUAAAUAAAUACAUACACAUUAUUCAUAUAGGUACAUACAUUAUAUUGUGUAUUAUAAUAAGACGCGUGUGAAUAAACUGCAACUGUUUUUUUCAUUUUUUAUUUUUUUUAUUUGGGUACAAUAGUCGUUGUCUAUAAAACCGAACGUUGAAAUAUUUUGUUACGACGAACAAUACAUAUUGUGCGUUUUGUUAUACAGGCCGCCGUUGGAACUGUUGGAAAACAAUUUCGAUUUCGUCCGAGACUGCCUGGAAGACUGCUGGGCGGAAAACCCGGACGACCGUCCGGAUUUCAAGACCAUCCGAGUUAAACUGAGGCCCAUGAGAAAAGGAAUGUAAGUUUAUUAAUUGUUCGUUUUUUUUUUUUGUCUUUCAAACAAAGUAGCCGAUAUUUUAAAAUUAAUUUUAUUUCAUUCUAUUAAUUGCAUCAAUUUCAUUUUAUCCUUUUUAUUUUUUUUUUAAUAUUUUAACUUCGUAGAAGCGUUUAAAUUCAAAAGGGUCAAAGGCGGUUAUCCAAUUCUUUUUGGGUUUUGAAAAUUAUAUUUUUUAAUUUACUGAAUUAUUUUGAUAAGACUUUUUUACUAAUCUGUUGUUCGUACCCAUUUAGGGGAAGGGCCGAUUUUACGAAUGAAAAUUACGUUUUAGAUCAAUAAGUUAGAGUAAAAUUUAAUCGAUGUUGAUCGCCAAAUUUUAAUUUUGAAAUCGUAUAUGAAUUUUUUCGAUUUCCCGUCUACGUUUUGUAGGAUAUAUUUUAUCGUUUUAGAUGCUGAGCGUAUAGCGAUCAAUGUAUCUGUUUCAUUACGAUGUGGGCUUAAUUUUUCCUCUUUGUGUCUGCGUAUAACUUUUUCGGGUUGCACUCGAGGUGUUUAAAUUUUAUAACUUACAAAAAAUACGAUUUAUAGGAGACCAAAUAUUUUUGACAAUAUGAUGGCGAUGAUGGAGAAAUAUGCCAACAAUUUGGAGGUGUUGGUGGACGAGCGAACUGACCAGCUCGUCGAAGAAAAGAAGAAAACGGGUAUACAUUUAACGCUACAGUACUUAAAGCGUUUAUUAUUUAGUCGCGUUUAUUUUUAAUAUCGUUGAUUCGAAAUUAAUUUUUUUUUGAACAGACGCUUUACUAUACGAAAUGUUACCCAAAUACGUGGCCGAACAGCUUAAAAGAGGACACAAGGUACAAGCCGAGAAUUUCGAUUGCGUGACGAUUUAUUUCAGUGACAUCGUCGGUUUUACAUCCAUGUCCGCGGAAAGCACUCCUUUCCAAGUAACUACCCAUAGAUUUAACCGUUAAACUAACCGGCGUACUUAAAUUACAUAUUGUGUUGUGAUUUUUUUUUUUUUUAGGUGGUCGACUUUUUGAACGACUUAUAUACGUGCUUUGACUCUAUCAUAGAGAACUACGACGUUUACAAAGUGGAAACCAUCGGGGACGCGUACAUGGUGGUGAGCAUUUCAAUUCUACCGUAUAGACGAUUCACUUUCCUUCUGUUUUUUUUUUCUGUGUGUUAUUGAUUCACGUUUUUUUUUCUCCCUUUAGGUUAGUGGUUUGCCUAUUAAAAACGGUGACAUGCACGCCGCGGAAAUCGCUACCAUGUCGUUACAUUUGCUGGAAGCCGUGAAGAAAUUCCAAAUCCGACACAGGCCGUAUGACAGUUUAAGGCUUAGAAUCGGGAUACACUCUGGUUAGAAUAACAAUAUUUUACGUCCUACUAUUGAAUCUCAGUUAUUGGUUUUUUUUUUCGUUUUCUUUUACAUUCUCUUAAUCUAUAAUCGUGAAGGUUAUUUUUGUAUAUUGAUCCUUUCAUCACGAUUCGGCGAUUUUCUCUUAAGUGAAUUUAGUAUAAUUUUUUUUCGUCAAUCGUUAUUGAAAUUGUUCAACCUUUAUUUAAACACAAUUUUCAAAUGGUUUUUACUCCGACUCCUUACUUCGUAACUUUUGAUUUUCAAAUGUCAACCUCUCCGGCUGUCUCCCCAUUUUCAACGUUGAUUCGCAGUGGCGUCGAAAAAUUGCGACGGACGAAAUACGUUUGAAAAGACUCCAAUAACUAAACACAUCUGAUUCAAUAUCCCAAAAUAAUUAUUAGCGUAGGAUUUUGUUUCAGUUAUGAAUUACAUUUAAGAUUAGUCCUUAACAUCGAUGACGCGGCGCCAUUGGUGAUACCAAUAUAGCAUAUUUUUGUAUGCGUUUCGAUACCUGUACGUAACAUUAAAAUGUACGGGAAUUACCGUUUACAAUUAAAAACGGUUUAAAAUUUAAACCGGAUAGAUGUAGAGAAGGGUAAUGAAGCGUUCGUAACAUAACGGUAACGGUUUACGAUAAAAAAAAAAAAAAAAUCACCUCAUACACCUAAUAUAUGGUGUAUAAUAUAAUAUAGUUAUUAUAGUUGUAUUAAUAUUUCGUUAUAAUAUUAAUGUUCGUUCGUUGGUUGUGUGUUUUGUAGGUCCAGUAUGUGCCGGAGUGGUCGGUUUAAAAAUGCCCAGGUAUUGUUUGUUCGGCGAUACGGUGAAUACGACCAGCCGGAUGGAAUCGACCGGCCAAGGUGAGCGAUUGCGAUAGUAUUAUGACGUUUGGAGUCGUAGGCACUUAAUACAGACGAAUCAUACGAAUCGUUUUAGAAAUAAUGUUUACACUAAAAUCAAGAGCAUUCCAAUCCCCGGACUUUUGAGUGUUUAUAGUUUUACAAAAAAAAACAAAACAACACAAUUCCCGAAUUUGGCACACAAAAGGUUUUAGCUUAAACAUGACCACGUGAGUUACCCGUGACAUUCCGAAUACUGUACAUUCGUAUAAUAUAGUCGACUUAUUAGUAAACGAUUUAUAAAAACCUGGCGUUUAGCCACAGAGCAACACGUUUUACGGCCAAAAAAAAAAAAAAAAAAAAAAAAAAAAAAAAUAAUAAUAAUAAUAAAACAAAAAAUUAGAGUAAACGCGCUUAGGGAGUGUGGUAUUGUAGUUUUUAAAAGCGAAUGCGUGAUUAUUCAGACUUUAAAUGCGCGAGACAUUUUACACGCGGUUGGCUCCGAUUUAUGUAACCCCUCAAAGCGAACGGUCGAAUAUGUUUUCCAGAUAUUUAACGUGUACCUAUAUGCCGGCAAACUUCAAACAUGUGCAUAGUUGGUUGGAUUUUUUUUAUAAUAUAGUGAUAUCGGGAUUUAUAGAAUUAUAUAAAAAAAAAAAAAAAAAAAAAACAAGAAAUAAUAUGUCUGGGGGGCCUGGGCCCUUAGCUUCCCUCCCGGAUCCGUCUCUAGGUUAGGUCUACUAAUUCUCUUGGUAAGAUCGAAGAUUUCAAUACCUUUAAAUUUUCUCUGAAUAACUCGGACAAAUCUCGCAAAAAACCGCACGUAAAUUGAUCAAGUAGUUUCGGAAAUGACCCGUUACAAAAUAAUAAAAAAAAAUAAUUAAAAAUAAAAUAUCUUCCAAAUCUCCAACUUUUCCAAACACUUUUUUCAUAUAGACCUUCAUUUUUAAUUUUAUCAAUUUGGUGUUGUCAUGGAAACAUGCGACAGCAGAUCUGAAUGUCAAUUGUUGAAUUAUUUUUAUUGAUAUACCGAUUACCUCGGUGAUACGGAUGAAUGAAAAAAAAAAAAAACUGCCGAGAUUUUCAUAAAAAUAUACCAUCCAAAUGUACGAAAUUUUCGGUGGUUUUCCCGUAAAUUUUCAUUCAUAAAAACCUUGUCCUCAAAAUUACGAACACAACAACAACGAGAAAAAAUGCCAAAUCGGUCUAUCCGUUCUCUAUCCUUAUGCGCUAACCGAUGAAAAUGAGCAUUAAUUUACAUAGGUACAUAGAUUCAAUCGAGUUACAAGGAAACAGUUUGAUUUAUUGACCAUUAAUUUAGUUUUUUGAAUACGGCUCUUAAAAUUCUCAUUGUCGGUUCAGAUCAAAGACAACAAAGCUCAGCGAUUUAUCCAUCGAACCGUGACGGUUAUUAUUUACUACGUCCCCUCCCAUUGGAAUUCCGCGGGCAGACCACUGAAUACAUUUGAACGGGGUUUUUCAGCCCUGAAAAUCCACUGUUCGAGCGAAUGCCGUACGCUGCUGGAACGGUUGGGCGGCUAUCAGACCGUCGAACGGGGAAUGGUCGAAAUGAAGGGGAAGGGUAACGUGCGGACUUACUGGCUGGUUGGCGAAGACCAUUUGCACAGGCUGAAGAGAGACGAGUUCAGGUCCCAGCGGCGACAACAGCAGACCGGCAACAAGCACCGCAAGUCCUCCAAGCACCAGAAAAGCGUGAAAGAGGGACCGCGUAGCUCACUCAAAGUCCCGAAGACCACCAUCAACGGCCCGUUAUCUAGGUAAUACAUGCACUUUGCACAUUUUAUUUUUUACAUUUUUAGCUGUGUACCUUUUUUUUUAUGCGGCGAAGAAAUAGAUUUUGUCAGAAAAGUUUUCCGAAGUCUUUAUUUUUUAAAAAAAUUAUUCAACUUCAAAAAAUCAAAAUCGUACAGUUUAUUGUUAAAACACGGUUUUAAAAGUCGGUACAAUUAAAGUCCACAAAAGCGGACUUCUAAGUUUGUAUACGAGAGGCUCGCGUUAUCCAUAGCUUUUUUUUGCUUAUCUAGAUAUUUUUCGAACAUCCAAUCAGUUUUGGCACAUAUUUUCGGAAGCAUAAUAUUCCAGCGAUUUUCAGAAUACAUUACAAACGAUUGAAAAAUAAAGGCCGUGAAUGCCGAACUCCGGAUGUUCUUUUCUUUGGCAAUCUUCACGCACUGCUUACUGCUGCGGUUCACGUAUUCUUUUUUUUUUUUUUAAAAACGUAUUUUUUGUAGCCAAUGAUUCGUCCGACGAAUAUCAGCAAUAAUAUUGUACAGAAGAUCCCAUUUGUCGGAUAAUAUUCUCUGAAAUAUAUAUUAUUGACUAGUAUGCACAAUUCGAUCCAAUUAAAUGGAUACACUCAUUAUCUCGAAAUGUGUUAACUUUUUUCGGAAUACAUAAAACAUAUAUUAAACAGGCAACUCUACAAUUUUACAUUUACACUGUUUUUUGUCGCCCUUAUUUUCGGAGUUCAAACCACUAUAUCUACUUUUGAAUUUCAAAAGGUUAAUUUUUAAAUUUAAAAUUUUUUUUUUUUUAUAUAAUAUCGUUAUUCAGAAUCAAAUUAAAAUGCAGAAUUUAACGCUAUCUGUAAAAUGAUGAUGAUGAUUAUUAAAACAGAAAGCUUUAGUUUGAAUAUUUUAUAAAUAAAUGUUUUCUAGAGAUAAUUUGAGUGAGUCUUCUCGCAUAAAUUAUCAUAAAACACGAAGUUUGUGUGUGCACUGCUUCUCUCGUAUCCAAUCACCCGAUUGUUUUCCACGCCUCCUUUUCGUAAUUUGAUCCCUGUAAAUCAUAUAAUUAUAUCCGUGUCAAUCACGAUUUAUUCCGUAAACUCCUCCGGCCUUUGUCCGUCUCGUCCAAUACGGUCGUCUGCGUCCAUUUCGGACUUGAAUACUACUGUGGCAUCGGUCUUGUUUUUCUCUCGUUACUUUAAGCUCUUUAUAGCUCACGGUCCGUCACUUUUUUUUUCCCCCGUUUAGAGCUAAGAAUUUUUCGAUAGCACCCCACGUUUCGAUACGAUUAGCGAGUAUCCGUAAAUUUACGACUGAGAUUCUUAUAUGACUCGAAAGUAAACCGACGACAUGCGGUGCCGGGGUGUGCGGGUAGCGAGACAACACGAGACGCGUUUUCGAGAAUUGUUACGACGUUGCAUUUUCGCAGGUGCUGCAGUCUGGAGUCGCCCAAGAAGUUGAGGUUCGCGGUGCAUCACGACGACGGCACGCCGGUACGGAGGCGCCCGUCGGGCGUGGCCGAGGAGGACGAGUACUGCUGCGACCGGCACCUGAGCGUGUCGUGCCCGUGCAUAGACAAUUUCGUCCAGUCGCCGACGGACGUGGCGACGGCGCCCAUGGCUGCGGAAGGUUGCGCGUCGUGCGCGGGCGGCGGCGCCCCAGGGGCGAUCGGAAAAUGGACGAACGCCACCUUGCACCAUUUGCAACCGACGCCGGUCAAGUGUUCGGGGGGUUUCCCGCGGGUGAACUCGGCGCCGGUCACGCCGAUGGCCGCCGACUGCAUCGACAUGACGGCGGUCUCGCCCAUGUUCCGUCGGUCCGCCGCGGACGACGUCAACGAGCCGCUGAUUAAGGACAACGGCGGCGUUUACAACGACGAGGACGACGACGACGACAGGGACGGAGCGAUAACGUUCGUGUAA